ACACUUUUAGGAGCUAAUGUAUCAUAGCUCAAUCUUAGCGCUCUUGGGGUCCAAUAAAGGCGACCCUCACACUUCUUGUAUUCUAUUAGAAUGGAAGAAAACGAAUAUGGUGCAGUACCAUUGAUCUUAUGUGUAAAUGGUAACUAAGAUGGGGUACUUACAAACUUUGAGCCAUCCAAAUCGGCUCUGAUCUGAGAGCUUGUGUGGUUAAGGACCACACACCUUCUUUAAAAAAGUAGCAGGGAUAAUGCCAAUAACGUAGAUGAAAAAAACAUACAAUAUUUAUUCUAAACAAUAACCAUAUAAAAAAAAAUAUAUAUAUAAAAAGUCCAAAGUCUCACAGUCUUAUUUUUUUAUUUGAUCUGUUUCCAGCUUUUAUUUGGUAUAAAAUGUGCAGUUUAUCAUCUCUUUAAAAUAAAUGGCUCAGUUUACCUUACAAAGAUCCUAAUACAUUGGGUGUUAUUUAUAACUCAAAUGUUUGUGCCAAUCUUGUGAGUAUGUGCCAUUUUCUUAUUAAUAAAACUUUUACUCUACCUUUUAAACAUCGGUGAUAUUUUUAUCACCUUUUCCAUGAUGUGCUAAGUAAGCCUUUUUGCCCAUUUUUAUUUCUUUUAAAAUUUUCUUUCUUUUUUUGUUUGAUUUUGUUUUUUAAUAUGAUUACAUAUCAAAUUCACAACAUAUAACAAAAUAGUAAUAUUACUAGGGGACAAAGAUGCAUUUGAAAGAUCUUAAAGGCUCCUUACUUUUAUUUUUAUUUUUUUUAUUUUUAUUUUUUAAGAAUAAUCAUUCACCGGGAGGAAAAAAAAAACCAAACUGUCACUCUAACCCACUAUUACAAUCAUAUUUAAAUAUUGAAUAAGAUGUUGGGGGACAAUAAAUAAAUAUAAAAUUUUAAUUUACUUGAUGAUCUUCUUUCUUCUGCCACUAAAAUGUGAAACAAUCCAAUGCAGAUUAAUAAAAUCACACAAAAAUGCCUACAAACUUAUCCUUCAGCUCCAUUAACUCGGAAAUCAACAAUCCGAGUUUUCUGAUGGGCAAAUCUCGCUUCACGCAAGACUUGAACUUGGCUCUUUUUUCCAUGCUUGUCUGUACAAAUCAGCCCUUUUAGCAUUAAUAUCAACAACGAGUAGAUGAUCGUGGCUAAUAUUUACCACCACUUAUUAUUUAUUUUGCAAACUGAACAAAAAGACAAAUUGCUCAAUUAAUUGAGAAUGCAACUCUGCCAGGCCACAAUAUAAGGUUCACUCCGCUUAUACACGUCAUCUGUGAUGAUCUGAGGAAGCUGGCCUAGAGUGGUCUUAUGGCAAAUAAAUAAAUAUAUAUAUAUAUAUAUAUAUAUAUAUAUAUAUAUAUAUAUAUAUAUAUAUAUAUAUAUAUUCUUUCUAUAGGAUGUAUUAAGAGCUUGCAGUUGCUAACUUUUUUCACUUUACAUCAAGGUAAAACGGGUUUAAAGUUGAGUGAGAUAGUGACUGUUCGUAAUAUUUACUGUUUACCAUGUAAACCUGGUGUGUUUCUCUUCUCCUGUUAAUCUGUUUAAGAGAGGUAAAAAGCUAUGGCAGUUACUAAUUACAAGUCAAUAACAGUGACAUUUUGUAGCAUGGAAAUAGUCCCAUGUUGAUUACUUUAGGUUUUGACAAACACAAAUUUCUACAAACACCGAAACAAACCCUACGUAAAAAAUCAUUGUGUGUAACUAUGUUCAAUAAAUUACCAUUUGUCUUUUUUAUCUGUGUGUCAAUCUCUAGGUAAAAAUGGAUGUUCCCCUCUUAUUUCUUGCUUCCCUUUCGGCAUGCUUUGUGUUUGUAUUUGGUUAUCCGAAUGGACAAAUAUCUGACUCCUGUUAUACAAUGCUUCCAGUACAUGGCAACAACGUUCCACAGACCAGUACAGCUCCUUACUAUAUCUCUGUGUCUAAAAAUACAUUUAAUCCUGGCGAUGUAAUUACAGGUAUAUAUAAACUAUACAUAAAUGAUUAUCCCUAACUACCUUUAGAUCUGAUUAUUUAUAUAUUGUACCAUUUCUUGAAGCUGUUGACCUGUGAAAAAUAUUAACAGAUAUUCCCCAAAAGGGCUUUUUACAUUUAUAUAACCAACAGGACGUAGAAAGAAUAUAACUAAUAGAGAAUACAACCCUGUAAUGCACAAAAUGAGUGCAUUUUCACGUGUGAUUAAUAUAACACAUAUAAAUAUGUAAAACUUACACAAAACACACCUAUACCUUGUUAGUAAUUUAUAGUUUUGUCAUAAUUGGUGAUAUAGAUAGGCAGUUCUUUUAAAGCAGUUCAUGAUCGCAAGUAAUAAUUUAAAUUAAGUUAUGAGCCAUUCAAAUAUAUCUGGGAAGGUUCUGACACUGGCCAGUGCCUUUUUCCAGCUAUAGUAUUUUCACAAUCUGCUUUCAUAAACCUGUUUACACCCAAAAAGAACACAAUUCUUUGAUUUGUGUGCCUAAUACCAGGCUUUUGUCUUCUUGCAAUGAGCAUAGUUUAGCUUUGAGGGACCUAUGUUAGGUACUAUUAUUAGCCAGGGAAUGUAGGAAAAUCAAUAAUAUGAUUACUUGUAUAUAGUAGGGUGUUAUGGAACUGUGUCAAUGACAAAAUGUGUGUAUUUCAAGACACUCAAUCAAGGUGGCCAUCCCCACUUUUUAAAAAAGGGGAAGAAAAAAAAAUUAUGGGAUAGUGGUCACAAAUUGAGAUGGUCCAACUAGAUUUAGUAUAGUUGCGAUAUAUUGAAAUUUGCAUGUGAGAACUGUCUUGUUUAUCCAUCUCUACCAACCUAUAGUGCAUGGGUAGACAACCUUCGGCAGUCCAAAUGUUGUGGACGUCAUCAGCCAAAAUUUUCUUAUAGCCAUAAUACUGGUAAAGCAUCUGGUGAGAUGUAGUCCUCUGCAUCUGGAGUGUUGAAGGUUACCUACCCCUGCUAUAUUUGGUAAUGGAUAUGUUUACAAAAUGUUAGGUCAGAUGGUUGUGUCAAGGUUUAUGAGAAGAGUGUAUUUAUGGGGACAUUUUUAGGUGAAUAUGUUAAUAAAUAUUCAGGUUACGCAUACUGUUUUUAUAGGUUGGGAAAUAAUUUUAAUGCUUAAAGCUUUUACACUGGGAAACACAAAGAGUAAUAUGUUUUCCUCUGCGUCAAAGAAGGAGUUAACUUGGAUUGUCUUGAUUUAAUCCCAGAUAAACUCUACUUGUGCACAGAGAUUAUAGAACGCAAACUCUUGGAAGGUAACAGCUGGAAUCUGUUUUACAGUAUGUGGCUAAUUGGUAAAGAGACAUCACCCAAGAGAGUGUUCAAAACACAAAUCCACAUAUGCAAUGCUUUUUGCAUCUGAGUUUUCAAUAUGUGGCAUGGAGAAAAUGUGACCAUAGCCAGAGUUACAUUUUUUACAAUUCCACUGCAGUAACUGCCAUCUUAUUUGACAUCUUCAUUACGUUGUGGAAUGUUCAACAAGAUGUAUUGUAAAAUGUAUGCCUUCUUUUUCUACACUAUUAAAAGCUAACUGAUUGAAAUGUUGAAACAUUUUGAAAUGUUCUACCAUAAAUCAUUUGUGCCCUGUAUAAUUAGUUUAGUCUAUUCAUCUAUUAUGUAUAUUGCAGAAAUAUUAAACUUUUUGGCAAAUUGUUCUUUCUUCUAGUUUCAAUCCAGUCCAAUAGUUCUGGCACUUCAUUCAAAGGAUUCAUCGUAGAGGCCCGAACAUUGGGAAGUGACAGAAUCGUGGGGUCAUUUACCUUGACAAAUGCACUUAGUCGGACACUGACUUGUGGCACAGCAGUGAGUGUUUUGUUUUUUCUGUUCUUAAUAUUUCCUCAAAUCAAUUCAUUGCAAGUAACUUUUUUGGGGGAGGGGGAGAGGGGUGUAGAUAUAUCUUUGCAAAGAGUCAAAGUAGUAAUUUAAUAUAACAGACAUUUAUUUUCAUAUAGUUACAUCGAUAUAGAUGACAGAUUACAACUGUUGCUUCUGAACUCCUCAUCCAGCCUUUGACUGCAAAAAAUAAUAGUAUAGCCUACCCUUUAGUUACAAGGGCUAAGCAAUAAUAUGCAAUAAAAGUAACAUGCAGAGCUUUACAAACCCACAUCUGGGACUACAACUUCAAAAUCGAGACGUAACAAGUUUGCCCUCACAGAUGUACGAAGGGGCAUAGUGGACAAAUCUUCUAGGUCAAGAGACCAGUUCCAGAUCUAACCAUGUGCCUAUAUAGAACCUUGUAGAAAGUAUUUUCAGUUGUGUGUUUUGUUUUUUGCAAGAUAGUUCUUAAUGUUGUGUAGAAGUUGAUUGUAGCAAAAAUACUCAUCUACAGAUAUUAAGAGAAUAGGUUUGUUUCAUACUUCGACAUCUAAUUCUGAUCUGAAAAUAAGUCAAUUGAUGAUUUAGCAUUUUUAAAUUUAUUGUAUCUCAGUUGAGGGUACAUAUAGGUGCAGGGGAUGGAGAGCUUAUUAUUGUAUCUAACAGACUUUCAUAAAACGUAAGGUCAGCUGGGUUGGGUCAUUAUUUUACAACAUAUUCUGCAUAUGUGUCAUCGGAGCUAGAGCUCACUUAAUCCGUGCACAACUAGGAACAUUAGAUUCAAAAUUAAUUGAGGUUUGCAUAAAAAUCUGGUCCACUUUACAAUAGAGAAACCAAUAGGAAGAAGGUAACACACUCCAAGAUAAAUUUCAGUUUGUGUAGUAAGAAUUCAGACAAACAUUCUUUACCUCCCUGCCAGAUGAUGUCACAGAUCUGACUUUAAGUGUCAGUCCUCUUCCUCUUCCUCUUCCUUGAAAGGGAUACUUUUGUCACCAAAAUCACCACUGUGGUGGGCCACCUAGCACCCCGACUGGGUACCUCUGCCAAUCGUGCUCAUCAAGUACUAUAAGCACCACACGUUAACCACUGUAGCCCCCUUAGCUGCUGCAGCUUUGCUGGGGUCUCGCUGUCGAUUCCCAACAUGGACCAACACCUAGAUCCAGCUCCCAGUGGGAAGACCUCUCCUCCAAGAGAUUAUAGCAGGUAUAGUAAUCCAAAGAGGAGUAUAGCAACCCCCCACACAUGAGCCAAGGCUUAAUCUGGGAAGUAGUCUUUUUAAUAGAAGCACAGUAACAGAAUUUAUAAAAGUCACAAACUCCUCCCCUUGCCUGGGUGAUAAUUGAGUCAGGAACUGUACUAACUCAAUUAUCUCCAGGUACAGAAAACAUACAGUUUUGGAACACCACAAAAGUACCCCCCAAUAAACAUGAAAACCCCACAAAAGUUACAUCUUCUGAUAGUCCUGAUCUGGGUGACCAACAUAUCCCAAAAUCACCCAUAUCAGUUCAGGGGUUAUGGAUUUCCAUGGAAGUCAUUAUUUGAUUGACUGUGUACAUGGUCCUAUGCCCACAACAGUUCCAUGAAAUCCGUGCUAACGGUCGGUCAAGUUCGGUAUUUUAAAAACGAACAAACUACCAAACGUAGUCAAUAGUCUUGUUCCCCUCAUCCAGACGAACGAUUCCACCGAGCAGUGCCCGUCUAGGUGGUGUAGAAUUCGAACGCAGCUGAUGAUGGAAGUUCAGCGGUGUUUGGGAGUUUCUGUGUCUGAUUUGAGUUCCAUGAACUCAAUGACCAAACACCGCUGCCUGCAUUCACGGGAACAAGUUGGCCGCCACCUCGCGGUCACUUAUGUGAGCUGCAGCCACCCAGACGAACAAUUACAACACUGUGGUUAGAAUCGUUAAGAGGUAAUGAUAGGGCUUAAUAACCUCCUGGGUUGUCCAUGGUUCGUGCGCCUGUUCGCUUCCCGAACAGCAUAGGAAAAUGUCCCAAGCACAGUCUUUUUUAACAGGCUUUGUGCAGAGUCCAUAGUCUUUGGACAGGAGGCUAUCCAGCAGGCCCCUCCAGGAACACAUGGCAGGGGCAUCUUUGCCACACAUCCCCCCCCCCAAGGGAAGACUAACCAGGUACCUUACCUGUUGCCGGUCAGUACCUGAGUUAGUCGGGAAGCCCACCCAAAGACAACUAGCUGACCUGGUAGCCUCCUGUGCCAUGCUUUGCCCGGGUAGGUCCACUUUGCCGUAGUUGUAAUGGCAGUCAUCCCUGAUGUCUCCAGGUACCAGGCACUGCCACUGGGGAGGGAGACCGAAUGUCUUUACUCCCAAAGAUGCCUGCUCUUGAUGGAAAGGGGGACCAGUUGUCUCCAAUUCCAGUGAUGCUAGUUACUGUUGGGGAGAGAGACCGGUUGUCUCCUCUCCCUGUAACUCCAGCUGGGGUUGGGGAGAGGGACCGGUUGUCUCCACUCCCUGCAGGAAACACUGCCGCUGGGAAGAGAGACCGUCUGUCUCUACUCCCCGUAGCUCCAGCUGUGGUUGGGGAGAGGGACAAGUUGUCUCCUCUCCCUGCAGGAUACACUGCCACUGGGGAGAGAGAACUGUUGUCCCCUCUCCCUGUAAGGUGUGUUGCCGCUGAGGAGUAGGACAACUGGCCCCACUCCCGGGUGGUCCAUAGUUCUUGCGCCUUUUCGGUUCCCGAACGGCAUAGGAAAAUGGCAUGAACACAGGCUUUACUCAGACAAUGUAAAACGUUGGCACAGCAGUGUGGUGACAAUGAGGUGAAUAUUUACCAUAUACCACAAAUAUGUCCAGCCAAUAGGAUUGGGGGCGUUCUCUGCAUCAAGCAUAAGAAAAAAUGCACACAGGAACACCUCUGAUUGCAAAAGUAAAGGGUUGGUCUAAUGUGGGAUGGGGGAGAUCCACAGCAGUCUAAAUCACAUUGACAGACAUUUAGAAUAUAGUUUGGUAUCAAGAAGAUUGGACAGUAUCAGAAGAAAUAAAGUUGUUACAUUUUGAUGGGUAAGUGUUCGCUAUGGGUUAUGUGUUUCUGUGGGUGUCUUUUUUUUGUAGUUAGUUUUAAAUGUCUACACUAGGACAGCCUAGUAUACAGAAUAUACUAUAGACAUCAAUUUAGUCCCCUUUGUGUUUGUGCGUGGGCUCAAUUAAAAAUGCAAAUGGAUAGGUUCCUUCUAUAUUUUAGUGAGCUAAACCUUGUUUGAGACCUCAGCAGGGAUUAACUUUUAGGUGAGCUGAAAGUGUUUGUUAAUUCUCUGUUUUCUUACAUUCUGUCUUUGUUUAUUCACUUAUUGUUGUUACAUCUUUUUGUACAAUUUUACAAGACCUCGGAAAUACUUUUACCAAAGCUUCAUUAGAUACUAGCGAUUUCAUUCUUUUUACCCCAUUUCCAUGGCACAGGAACACACACACUCCGUUGGGAAUAGCUUUUAUUUAUACGCUUUCACCAAUGAGGCUUCUUAUUUAUAAAAACUAGACAUGUGCAAUUCGUUUUGUUCCGAAUGUAAAUUCAUAUGCUUCUGAAUGUCUAAACUGCUGAAUUUCAGAAGUGCUUCGGAUUUCUCAAAAGUGGCAAAAUUAGAGAGGGAGGGAAAAUCAUGUGAAUGAUGGCAGGAAUCUAGACCAAUAAGCUAAUUCCUGGCACUGGGAGCUCUAGAGAUGUGUAAGUGGUUGUGGAAUCGCCCAUGCUUUAUGUAACUCUCUAGACUCUUAAGAAUGAACAGCAACGUAUCUGAUUUCUACUAUAACCAAGAGCUACGUAAAAGUUAGCUAAGGUGUGCUAGUUUAAUUUAUUUCCAUUUACAUGCUUUGCCAUGCACUGCUGGGCAAAGUAUGCUGAUUGGAUAACUCCUCCAGUGCUGCAUUUACACUGGUAGAUAAUAUGCAAUCCAUACAUAUUACGUAUUACACUUACCCUAACUCUACCCCUAGCCCUAGAUGUGUAAGUUGUUGUGGAGGUUAGGGGUAUGGUUAGGGUUGGGGAGGGCUACAUAUGUGUAAGUGGUUUUGUUGGCAAGAGAGGGAUGCUUACAAAUCUAGUCUGACACUCCAAAUCAUUUGAUAAAAUUUGGUGCACUUGGUUGAAGGUGGAUAGUUGAAACACCUAUCCACAAAUUAUUAACUCAAUGACGUUGUUGGUAUUUUAGAUUCCAUUGUAAGGUUUUUAACUUUUCAUACCUAGCUCGAAUGUGUUAUUUGAAAUAUGUUACUUUGCAACUGACAUAUAUGAUAUAGUCAAUGCAAAAUGUGACCUUUUGUGCAUACACCCAACUCAUGCCCUACCUGAACUUUAUCCAGUACACAGAAACCUGACAAAAACAGCCAAUCACUAGUCAGAGAGCAUUAAUGGCAUUUUAGUUACUGAAAAGAUUUCCCCAUCUUACUGAGAGUUUAUAAAAAUGUUAUCUUAAACAUAUAUUUGUGUUUCUGUGCAUAGUGUAGACUUCAUGCAACGAUUGUUUUGAUUAUCUCAACAGAUGUUAACCUGUUCCAAUAUUUUUCCUAUGUAGAACUCAGCAGUCAGUCAUUCAGACAGCAGUUUGAAGACAUCAAUCACCACAAACUGGACAGCAGAAACUGGACUAGGGCCAAUACGCUUCAGGUAUUUGAUGGUGAAGGUUUUUCUUUUUUUGGCAUCGUCAUAAGACUCUGGCUGAUCGCAGGAUGGCAAUAGCUAACCCUGGAGCUAAGCUCUAGAUGUUUCAUUUGUGUUCCUACAAUGCUUUGCAUACUACAGUUGUCUAAAAUAACUGGAGUGCCAAGGUUUGCAUCUGUUGAUGCACAAUAUGGUGACUGAUAAUAAUUAACUGAUAGGGGGAAAAAACUAAAAUCAAAUGUGCCCGAAAAUAUGAUAAAAUACUUUAUUAAAAAAAAGUCAGCAUUCAAUGGCUAUUCUAUGCAACAUAAACUGUUUUAUAAAAUGAUCUCAACUGCAUUCCUGAAAAAGUGGAAAAGAGGUGUGUUUAAUAAGGUGAUCAGGCAAUGAAGUUGCUGGACAACCUAUUUGUUUUUGAUGAUCAAUUUCAUACAAUAUUCUAACCUCUUAUACAAGACCAUUUAUGCAUCAGAUGAACAAAUUGCUGUGCAGUGUUGCAAACUAGAUUCAGAAAUUGUAUGACUUGGUCCCAUGGUUCAGCGGCUUUAUUGGAUUGCGCAAAAUUAUUUCAACAUAUGAAACUGAUUGUUCGAACAAUGUGAAAUUUGCCACACAUUUCCACAAAAUCUUUCGUACCAUGGUUGUUUAAAACAAGUUGCUAUGAAAUGGCAAGAUGGCCGACGUGAGCCAUUUAAGAUGUUCUCCAAUUGCAUAAGUGUGCAAUUAUUUCCCUGUUGCAAGUUCUCUAAGGUCUGUGAGUUUCUGUAAAUGAAAUAUGGACGUCAUAUGCCAACUGAAAAAUCAAAACUGCUUAACCAAAAAAACUAAUUCAAAUCAGUGUGUUGAUAAAUAUCUAAGGUGUGCUCUGCUGUAUACAAUAUUCUCAAUGUCUGGUGGCCAUAUUGGUUUAUAUGAUCAAUGUCACAAUAUUUUACAUAUUAUUUAAGCACUUGCUAUGGCAUGCUCUUUUGCUUGAUCACCUCUUAAAGACAAGUAGUUGUAUGGUAUGAUAUGGCAGCCAUUUUGAAAUCUGUGAGAUCAGCUCAAUCGGGGCUGUGAUAUGGAAGGCAGCCAGAAGGCCUGCAGGAUUGUGGGCUGGAGCAUCUUAGGCCUCAUUCUACUCUGUGGGACUAUGUGUUGGCCAUCUUGGAUUACAUGACCAAUUUUGAAAAAUCUUCACAUAAUUUUCUAAAAUACAUAUCUUUACUAUUUCACUCUCUACCUGCAAUUUCUGUUCAUGGGCUUUAUCCAGGCCUUUGUGCUGUGGGACCUUUUUUUUUGCUGCUUUCUUGAAUCUUCCACUCUUCUAACACUAGUGAGGCUAUUUCAUACGUCCUAAGUGUGCCUAUUCAGGAGGGACAGUCUCUAUUUUGUGCUAAAAUCCAUCUGGCCCUCUUUUCUAUCCUAAUGACCCUCUUUACUAGUAGCUCCAUAUUGUUGGUGUCUGAGUUGUGACAGAGCUCCACAGCAGUAAUACUCCCAGUAAUGUGUUUUAACAUUACAAUAAAUUAGUUCAGAAAUCAGUUUGAGCAAAUAAGAUAUGUUUCAAUUUAAAUCUUUUUACAUAAAUUAUUAGUCUGCACACAGAAUAUUUCAGAAUAGCCCUGGUCACAUCAUCCAUCACACCCCUAAUAAUAAAGUACCUCUUUUGUAAUUUUAAAUGGUGGAAGGUAUCCAAAUUGUAAACCUUGGUUAGUGGGCAUUGGUGUGUAUUUAAAAAUAUAAAAAUCAAACAAACAAAAAAUACAUAUUUUUUUAAUUCUCAUGGGUUUUACUCAUGUGCCCAUGUUUUAUGUACAACUGUAUUCCUAGAUAUAAGAAUAUUGCAUCAGCCCAGUGAAUAGUAUCACACCUUAUUGUUUACUUUCUCAUUAUAUUUAUUUAUAUAUAUUUUUUUUUUAUCUACCAAGAUACUGCAAUGUGGACAAAGGUACAUUUCUUCAGUCUAAUAAAAAAUAAAUCAAUCAAACAUGAAACAUAGUUUUUUUUUUUUUAUAUAUAAAUUAUGUUAGUUGAUUAGUAUGGUUAUUCAGAGGGAGAGACAGGUCUGACUCUCACAGACAUAUGUACAUAAGAGAUAACCCACUGGCCUUUUUACAAAUACCUUAUCACUUGGUUCAUUACUACAAUAAUUACUUGUUGAUUCCAUACUAUUAAUAAUUAAUUUAUGUUUUGAGUAGGAUUGUACUGACAUGUAUCGCUAAUUAUAAGAAAAAAACGGACACCAUAGUCACCAUAACCACUACAGCUUAUUCUAGCUGUUCUUGUAUCUAUAGCCUGUCCCUGCGGGCUUUUUUAAUGUAAAUACUGCCUUUGCAGAGAAGCUCUGCGUAAAGGUGCUGAACAUUCCCCAUAGAGAUGCCUUGAAUCAAUGCAUCUCUAUGGGGAGUUGCUGAAUGGCGCAGUGUCGCAUCUUGCCAUGCAUGCGCAAUUGCCUCCCAUUGCUUGUCUAUGAGAAAGCAUUGAAUUGGUUGAGAUUAUCAAGAUUGAUGAUCUCCACAAUGGAGGUGGAGCAUGGAGGCAGAGCAAGUAGAGACUGACACGGCGUGGGAUUUAACACCUUUUUACUACACAGAGGGUGGGCCAGGAACCUAAACAGGCACCUAAAGUUAUUUUAACACUAUAUUGUCAAGUAUACAUGUCUGAGUUCCUGACACUACAAGUUUCCUUUAACCUCACUAUUCCAUAAUACAUGGUUACAUAGCUGAAAAGAGACUUGCGUCCAUCAAGUUCAGCCUACCUCAUAUUUGUUUUUUGCUGUUGAUCCAAAAGAAGGCAAAAAAAAACCAGUUUGAAGCACAAUUUUGCAACAAGCUAGGAAAAAAAUUCCUUCUUGACCCCAGAAUGGCAGUCAGAUUUAUCUUUGGAUCAAGCAGUUAUUACCCUACAUUGAAAGAUUACAUCCUUGAAUAUUCUGUUUUUGCAAGUAUGCAUCUAGUAGCCGUUUGAACAUCUGUAUGGAUUCUGAUAAAACCACUUCUUCAGGCAGAGAAUUCCACAUCCUGAUUGUUCUUACAGUAAAAAAACCUUUCCUUUGCCUUAGACGAAAUCUUCUUUCUUCCAGUCUAAACGCAUGGCCUCAUGUCCUAUGUAAAGUCCAGUUUGUGAAUAGAUUUCCACACAAUGGUUUGUAUUCGCCCCGAAUAUAUUUGUAUAAUGUUAUCAUAUCCCCACUCAGGCGACGUUUUUCUAAACUAAAUAGGUUUAAAUUUGUUAACCUUUCUUCAUAGCUGAUAUGUUCCAUUCCUUUUAUUAAUUUUGUAGCCUGCCUCUGCACUUUUUCUAGUGCCAUAAUAUCCUUCUUUAGAACAGGUACCCAAAUUGCACAGCAUAUUCAAUAUGGGGUCUUACCAGUGAUUUAUAAAGAGGCAAAAUGAUAUUCUUGUCCCAAGAAUGAAUGCCCUUUUUCAUGCAUGACAAUACCUUACUGGCCUUAGCCACUGCUGAUUGACAUUGCACAUUGUUGCAUAGUUUGUUGUCUAUAACAAUUCCCAAGUCCUUUUCGUGUGUUAUCCCUAAUUGGCUUCCAUUAAGGGUAUACGUUGCUUGUGUAUUCUUUACGCCAAAAUGCAUAAAUUGAAUCUGCCAUUUGAGUGCCCAGUCCCCCAGUCGAUCUAAAUCCCUCUGCAGCAAAGUAAUAUCUUGCUCACAUUGUAUUAUUUUACAAAGUUUUGUGUCAUCUGCAAACACUGAAACAUGAUUUUCAAUGCUGUCUUCAAGAUCAUAUCUCAGAUGAUGUUGAUAUAGAUUGUCUAGAAUUCCUUCUGUUGCUCCAUAUAAAAAUACUAACAUAUACAUACACUAAAUUACUCCUCUAAAUGCUCAUAGCCUUCCAUCUAUUAUUGCCAUCAAAAAUCUAUAUUGCAUUUAAAUUACCUUAUUGCUAGUGUUGUGCAUUUUUUCUAUAUUUACUUAAUAUUGCCAUUUCCUGUUACCCAUCCUAUUCUGUAAUACUAUUUUCCUAUAAAUGUUCCUUGUUAACCUAGUUUGUAUAUAAUGUAUAUUCCUGACUCUAUAGCUGGAAAAGCAAAGUUUAGGUGCCUAGCCCCCUGUUCGAAAAGGUAAAAGGUCUUCAGUUAUGAUGAUUUUAACCAAUCCAAUGCUUUCGAACAGGAAAGCAUUGGGAGGCUAUAGAACAUGCUCUGUUAUACGCAGUGCUGCGCCAAUCGGCAUCUCCUCAUAGAGAUGCAUAGGUUGAUGGGGACCUUGCUUAAACGCGCUUACAAUCAACAGAUUAAAGGGGCAAAACAACUUUAGCUUAAUAAAGCAGUUGUUGUGUACAGAUUAUGCCCCUGCAGUCUCACUGCACAAUUCUCUGCCAUUUAGGAGUUAAAUCGCUUUGUUUAUACAGCCCUAGUCACACCUCCCAGCAUGUGACUUGCAUAGCCUUCCUAAACACUUUCUGUAAGGAGUCAUCAAAUGCUUACCCUUACUUUAUUGCAAAUUUUGUUUAAUUUAGAAUGUUAUAUUUUCUUCUCUGUUAAUAACUUGCUAUACCCUGCAGGAGCCUCCUGUCUGUGAUGUUAGUUCUAUUCACAGAGCAGGAGAUAAAAACUUUUAAAGUAAGUAUCUGAUUGAAAAUUAAACCAUUAUUUUUCAUGCAGGCUGUGCCAGUCAUAGCCACGGUAGGUGUGGCUAGGUGCAUAUAUUUAACUCCUAAAUGGCAGAGUAUUGAGCAGUGAAAAUUUCAAAAGGUAUGACCUAAACACAAAAACUGUUUCAUUAAGCUAAAGUUGUUUUGGUGACUAUAGUUUUCAUUUAAUAAAGUAUAUGCACUACCUGUUCACUUCAGCUUCUAGGUUUAUCCCUGUUUAUUGCAUUAGUUUACAGUUUUUAAUUAUUUAAUAAAUUACAAAUGACAUUCUCGGCUGUUGAAUUCAACAUCACGUCAACUUUUUAGGUUUUCUUUUUCUUGGUAAAUUAGGAGUUGCUUUGACAAUACGACUGCACAUUUCUCACACUGACAUCAAUUAAUUGGCUAUGAAUAAGUGUAUUUCUUAUAAAAGAAUCCAGGCCUUAGAUGUCUAGAAUAAAACUUGUUAACAGUACAGUAACCGUAAACGGUAGUUUAUAAAAAGUGAUUUCUGUCUUUCAGAGCUACUGUCCUGAACGACUAUUCUAGUUUCUGGUAUGGAGUGCAGAGUGAAAUUCUUACAGCAGUAAGUUUCUGUUUGUUCUAAUUGUAUGGAUUGCAACUACAGUGAAUAACACUAUCUAGAAUAUUUACUUAUAUUAUAUUAAUACUCUUCACUAAUCCCAAAUGUGAACAAAUCUUUCUAAUUUUGAAAAUAUAAGAGGGUGCAAGUGACAAUGGUGCCCUAAGAACUCCUCUUAUUAGAGACUGUGCACAUAUAACAUUUUAAUAUCAGAUUGCAAGGUUUCAUUGUAUGUGGCAAUAGACCACCGAGCUAUUGGCUGCACAGUAUUCUUUAAAUGGAAAUGGGACCCAUUCAAAAAGUUCAUGAUGAACACACAUAGGGCAAUGUACAAAAUAAAACCCCUUCUAUUUUGAGACACAUUAGCAAUGAGGUACAUUUAAGGCGAAAUUUCCUUCUAUGUUUGUCAUUGCAAUAUAGUACAUUAUCAUACAUCCAUGUUGUGAUGGUUUUACACUAUGUAUUGUUCAUGUCUUACUUUUAGAUUGAAUCAGCUGUACCCCAUUUAUAUCAUAUGUAGAUGAGAGGAGUAUUUGUUCUAACACAUUUCUUUAGCUUAAAUCUAUGAAAUGUUUCCCUCCUUAAGACCAAUUAAAAUCCUCUUCCAAACUUGCUGGCGAUGCUGCUUACACAUAGGUACCCUGAGCCAUAUUUUGUGGCAAUGCCCGGAACUAACCGCCUUCUGGCAACAGAUUAAACUGCUAGUAGAAAAGAGCAUAGGGAAGCCCCUACCACUCCAACCAAAUCCUUUUGGGUAGGAUACUCCAUAUCCUACCCAAAACACUCUCAAAAUAUGUAGCUGCACUGACCAUUCACAUCACUUGCAGCAAAAAAACUGCAUAGCUUCCCUGUGAAAAUUGACCAAAAAGCUCAAGAUAGCACUAGUUAUCGAAAAGGUGAACCACUCACAGCAAUACGAAAAAAAUCUCACAUAGAAUAGCUGGUUCCGCAGAGAGGUAUGAACGCAUCUGGUCCAAGUGAACAGAGAAAGUUGGGAUGCUGCCCAAAACGCCUCCUAGUUGUCAAGCCACACCUGUAUCCCUUACCAGGCCUCAUGGGCACACACCUCCUUGACCCAAUCACAAACGAGACAGCGGACAUGGGCAUUGGGCCUGCGAGAUGUAUUAAUGUAAACUGUUAUGGUAGAGCAAGUUUCUUAUUCUCCCCGUUAAUCCCCAAGUUUUUUAAGUUAAACUUAGCACAACUCUGUAAUAGAUGUUACUGUUACCUAUGUGUACGCACCAUGACAAGCAAUAAAAUCCCAUAAGGUUGCGAAUAUCCCUUAUGAUUUUAACAUGAUCCCUAGCCUUGUAAGUUCCUAUACGUUGCUACUGUGAAAAGUGACCAACAGGUCCGAGAUAGCAUUAAAGGGACACUCCAGACACCCAGACCACUUCUGCCCAUUCGAGGGGUCUGGGUGCCAACUCCCAUCACCCUUAAUCCUGCAAGAGUAAUUAUUGCAGCCUCUAGUGGUUAUCAGACAGCCACUAGAGGGACUUCCUUGUUCUUAGAACAUGAAAGGUGUUUUAAACUACGCUGGAUGUCCUCAUGCUAUGCUGGACAUCCAGGGUCAUCGGAAUCCCCAUAGUAAUAAUUGAAUAAUGCUUUCCUAUGGGGAGGUCUAAUGUGCACGCGGCCAUUGCCGCGCAUGCGCAUUAGGUCUCCCCCGCUGGCUGACGGCGAGGGAGGAGUGUGGGCGGAGCCUGACCCAGUGCCGAGUGACAUAGGUGCUGGAUUCAGGUAAGUGACAGAAGGGGUUUUAACCCGUUCAGCAACAUGGGAUGGGGGGUGGGAAGGAAGGGGGCACUGCAGUGCCCUGCAGUAGCAGGAAAAAGGAUUUAUUUUCCUGGUACUGGAGAGUCCCUUUAACUAACAAAAAGGUGAACCUUAGCCUUAUGAGUACAUGCCUGCUGCUAAUGGUUGACUACUUACAUUAACGAGCUGCACCCACCGAAGUUCUGAUAGAUCUCUUAGCAGACCCAACGGCAUUCCUCUGUUAUGGAUAUAUGCUAUGUACCAAUGUAUACCAUGUUACUAUACUUAAUGCCUUUUCACCAUCCUGCAUGUUAUUUGUAUGACAUGAUGUUUAUCUAUGUACUCUUAUGAAUUGUGCACCUUACAAUAAAAAUAAAAUAUUAUAAAAAAAAAUUAAAAUCCUUUUCCACCUUCUGGUUACCAGCUGUCAAAUAGAGUUGUCUACUUACAACUCCUAAAUUCAGUUGAAACUCUCCUGUAUAUGGGUCACAUGUGUGCUACUAUUCACGUCUUUCAUGUUUCAUAUGGGUCACUUGUGCUACUAUUCACGUUUUCAUAGCCUUAUUAAGUUCAUUAUGGCUAUGUAUUCUUCACAUUCAGCCUGUUUUGUUUUUGUUUUUUUCCAAGGUAGGUUUUUAUAACAGAUAUAAGAAACAGAACCAAGCAUGGGUACCCAAUCUCCCCAUCCAUGUGCGUUUUCCUUGGAGUCCCUGUAUGCUACAAUUCAAAGCAAGUUAGAUGUUUGUGGCAAAAAUGGCCAAAAUGUAGGAAGGGCAUCUACAAGUGGAUAUAUGAAAGCUAGGUGGGGCUGUCAGUAUGAUGAUAAUAGUGUUACUAAGUGUGCUUUACUUAUUAAAAUAUAUUCCCUGGAGCCCAACUAAAUUAUUUUCUAAAUUGCCCAACAUAUAUGUAAACACAUGUAAAAAAGACAUAGUUAAUCUGGAUACAUUGUGUCACACAAGAAUGUUGGGGGUCAUGUGACUUCCCAAAAUUGUUCCAUCUUCUACUAUGCACAGAAAGUCAGCACACUGGUCCAGGGACAUUGGAAGAGAUAUUUAUGGCGAGUUGUAUAGUCAGUAAGCACAGAAUAUUUCUGCUUCCGGAGUAUACAUAACUGUACCUUUGCUGAAUAUGCUGACUUGAAAUGCAGACCCCAGCACAUUGUGAAACGACAUCAGAAGAUAGGAAUGUGCUCACGUGUGUGUGUGUGUUUGUGUGUGUAUAUAUAUAUAUGUGUGUGUGUGUGUGUGUGUGUGUAUGUGUAUAUAUAUAUAUAUAUAUAUAUAUAUAUAUAUAUAUAUAUAUAUAUAUAUAUAUAUAUAUAUAUAUAUAUAUAUAUAUAUAUAUAUAUAUUUGCUGUUCUGAAAAAUCUAUACUUUGUAAAGGAACAUGCAAAAUACUGUCGCUACUCAAAUAAUUGGCAAAUCUACUUUGUGACUCUAACAUUUCUCUUCUGAUUAGAUCAGACUGUAUCCUAGUAUAAUCAUUUUACACAUAUUUAGUACUGUGCUUAAUUAGGGUCUUCGGAAAAAAUGUUAUAAUCUUUUAAUAGCCCAAAAUAUGCUUUAGUAACAUAUUCGCUUUAUCUAAAAUCUUGCUUUGUUCUGUUAGCUGCAGAUUUCUAAUGACACCUGUGGUACUGAUAAAUUCUGCCUCAGUAAUCCAGCAAGCUGCAGCCCUGCUGACUCCAGCUGUUUGUUCAUGUCAUCAGUUGCCUACAAUGGUGGUUACGCGUUUGAAAUGAGUGGUCAAAGCACCGGCUAUCUAGCAAUUGGAUUUUCUGAUGAUACAUUGAUGGUGAGAUAUGUGUGUAGAUCACCCUACUUAAGACAUGUUAUGAUGAAUUAUGGGUCUGAAUGCAUUGUGUAUUUUGACAAACAAUAAUAUCCUGAUAGAACUAGUAAACUAUAAAGGAUUGAUAAGGAAAGUUAAAACUUUUUGCAUUGAUUUAUCUAAAUAUAAGUGAUACUUGGCAGACUGUGAUUCUGUUCUAUGUACUGUGUAUUAUAGUAUUUAAAUUUUGCCAUUCUGAGUCUCUGUUCAACACUGGUAUACUCACUAAUGAAGGGCUGUGUAGUUCUGUUUGUACAAAGCAGUUAUGUAUGCUGUCGUUUUUGGGGUUUUUUUUUGCACCAAGUGAACACAGACCAUAUCUAUCUCCAAAAUAAACAACAUCCCUCCUAACAGUUUAGAUCUUGGGGUCCUGUCCUGAUGUCCUAUUCUCAAGCAUUAAAGCACGAGCACAUAAGUAGACAUGUUUGCAUUAUGAAGGGCACUAGGCCUACAGAGAGCACUUCCGCAGCACUCUGUGCUCAGGCCGACCAAACAGGUCCGGUUUCAAGACAGAUAAAAUCUGCAUUAUGAGCAGAUGGGGGUCGAUUCACUGGUCAUGCAUGUCAACUUCUCCUAAUCUCAUACCUCCCAAUGUUGGGAGAUAUAGAACAAUAAAGAAUUAAUCAGACUCUGUGUCCCCAAGAUCCAACUCAAGUUGCUGACUUGCUAUUCCCUUCCCAAAUAUUACUUUUUGAAUUUUUGCUUUAGAUGGGAUUAACUUUUCCUUAAAUAUAGAGUUUUUUUUUUUUUCGGAUUAGGUUUACAUAAAUCUAGAGGUCUAGAGAGCGACUUCUCUAUGAUCAGAUACAUAGUAUGUGCAUAGCCACAGUCUUGGAAACAACAAAGUUUCAGUCUGACUAUUCAUUUUCUUGUCCGCUAUUAUAUUUACAAACAUGAUUCAAUAUUGACAAAAGUAUAUUGCAUCAUACGAACAUAAAACUGAAGCAGAAAACUUGUUCUGCAGGGUCCACACACCCUUAUUGAAUUUCCAUUCUGAUAAUGUAAAGGCUGGAAUCAAUGUGCAUUAUGCAAUAAUUUUUGAUUACUUUUAAAUAGAACUUAAUCCAGUGUUAAUAUAUUAAUAAUUAUAAUAAUAUUAAUUAAAAAGAAAACCACCAUGUCUUAAUUUCAUGUGCUUAGGGCUUGUAGUACUAUUGUGUGUGUGUGUGUGUCAUCUGAGGAAAGUGCACUCACAGGACUCAACUGAUGAAUCAUCAAACUUUUAUUGUGCAAUUUAAUACACCAAGUUAGUGUCACUAACCUGGUGUAUUAAAUUGCACAAUAAAAAAGUUUUAUCACUUGAGUCAUGUGAGUGCACUUUCCUCAGAUGGCGCGCACACACACACACACACACACACACACACACACACACCCUCACACACACACACACACACAAUAGUACUACAAGCCCUAAGCACAUGCAAUUAAGACAUGUGGUUUUCUUUUUUAGUAAUAUUAUUAUAAUUAUUAAUAUAUUAACACUGGAUUAAGUUCUAUUUAAAGGUAAUCAAAAAUUAUUGCAUAAUGCACAUUGAUUCCUGAGGAAAGUGCACUCACAGGACUCAGUUGAUGAAUCUUCAAACUUGUAUUGUGCAAUUUUAAUACAACAAAUUAGUGUAAAAAAGAUUUAUCAGUUGAGUCAUGUGAGUGCACUUUCCUCAGAUGACACACGCACACACCUAUAUACACUGAGCAAAAUUAUAAACGCAACACUUGCACAAUGAUACCGGCCCUCCGAGGAUGGAAAGAGCCGAGUAUUUACACAUGUAUCCUUUACACAUCAGCACUUUAUUCCUCCACAUACUGCAUUAUUAUUCAGUGAUUGCCGACGAUCUGGAUUCCACGGCCGAACGGUGUUGUGUCUGGUCACCGUGGCAACAUAAGUUGUGCAAUCACGUUGACAUAGGGCGGGACAUUGGCACGCAUGCGCACAGGCGUUUUGGAGACGCCGGCGGCUUCAGCAAUGACACACUGGCGGGUAAGAUCAUUUCUUUUGAAUAUAUUUGUUAAUUUUGUCAAUUCUUUGAAUGGAGUAUUUAAUUAUGCUAAUUCUUUUAAUUAUCAAUUAUGCUUUGCCUAUUUAUGCAUGGGUAUUGUGAGACAUCAUUGUUGUUCCUGAUGAAAGUCCCAGAGGAGGACUGAAACGUUGAGCUGUCAACAAUCUUUUUUAUUUUUCAAUAAAUGUUUUAACCUGUUAAUGAAUCCGUGAGUGCUGGUCACCUUUGCUAUGUGGAUAUCUGGCCUUUCCCUAGGACUACAAGCACCCGGUAUGUAACUGUUAAGUCUGAGUGCAAGGAUCGUGUGUGUGUGUGUGUGUGUAUGUGUGUGUGUGUGUAUAUAUAUAUAUAUAUAUAUAUAAAAAUGUUUGUGACUCAACUAGGGAUGGACAAUGAAACUCACGCUUAGAGAUAAGAUAAGAGAUAACCCAUUGGCCUUUUUACAAAUACAUGGUUUCAUACACUACAUUAACACAACUUCUUUCAUUUAGAAUUUCUUAUACUUGUAUGAAUUGUGUGUGUGUGUGUGUGUGUGUGUGUGUGUGUUUCUGUUGAUACGUAUGACAGGAAACUUUUAUCAAAUGUAAAAUUUCAUCAUACUUUAUAAACCCUUUCUAUUCCAUAUGUAAGGAGGAAAUUUUGCAGAAUUCAUUCUAUUUCAGCACAAAUGUAUCUUUAAGUUUCUCUUAUAUUCUAAAAUGCUUCUAUCUUUUCUUGUUGCUACAUGGAAAGUCUGGGUAUAACCAGCCUAAUUGAUCUAUGUAACCAGUCUCCAAAGUUCAUUUUUACUCCAAAUAAAAUUUAGUUUUUCGUUCGGGAAAAAUCUUAAUUUAGGGAAUAACUGAAUGAAAUUUUACAUGAUUAUUGAAUACAUAACAUUCUAUUUUCUAGGGAAAUGACGAUGUUUAUAUAUGUACCACGAAUUCAACUGGAAGCAUAUUGGUUCAACAUGCCUUUAACACAGGAACAACCACACCAACCAUUCUUAAUAAAGUAAGGGCAACUUCCCCACUGAAGAUUUUUUUGGUAGUUUAAUUCAUGUUUGAAUUCAUAAUUUAGGUAAUGUUUUGGAUAGGCCAGGGGACAAAGUACAAAUUUCAGCAGUUGAGUUUGGUGUCCCACUAUCCUAAAACUCUGUCAGCUGCCUCUGACUUUGGUUGAAUCGUAUGCUAGAGAUGUGUAAAUACAAGCUGUACUUUUUUUUUUUAGAUUAAAUUGUUAAUAGAGGCAAUUUCCUUUUUAACCAAUCUUUCACUGUCACCUUCUGGGGCUUUUUAGCUAAUUAUUUUGCAAAGAGCUAUGAUGGUGACAUUGCCUCUUGAGGCAGUGGCAAGGGGGUGCAAUGAAAAAUAGGUUUUACUUACCUGAAGCUAUCAUUCACAGCUGCCACCAUGACCAUCUGACCAUCCGGUGGAUCCUCUUUAGCUUCUGGUACUUCAUCUGCCAGGAUUCCUGUAUUUUGGCGCACAUGCAAGAGUAGUCUGUGGAGGAUAUCACAAGUCCAUGGUACUCUCCAUGGACAAUGUAUUGUUUUUGACAGCAGUAGUUCUGCCUUUCUUCUGCCUUAAGAUUGAGGAAAAUACAUAAGACAAAGUAGUCCCUAUUUUGUCAUAUACACUCACAGGAUUGAGAUGUACUGUGUUGAAGCUUUUUGGGGGGGUUGGUGGAAGGGUAGUGGGAGGCGGAGUGGGGAGUGGAGUGGAGUGGAGUGGAGUAAGGAGGCAUUUGCUUUAAAGUGGCAUCCAAGAAUGUGAUCCUGAUUGGCAUGAUGGUUUCCACUGACCUAAAGGGUUUGAUAACAAAAUAGUUUUUAAAAAAUAUUUUUAGGGAGGAAAAGCAAGUAACUAUGAAAAUAUUAUUUUUAAAAUUUUAUUAGUUUGAGCAUCCUUUGUCUUGGAAAUUGAUAAAUAGUUUAACUUAAGAGCAAAGGCGUCGAUUUAAUUUUAUUGGAUAACAUUUUUCAAAUGAUGGAAUAUUUUAGUGAAAACCUUUUUUAAACUUUUAAAAAAUUAUUUAAAAAAAAUAUCAAAACUAAAUAAUAUAAACUCUGUGCUUAAAAUAUAUUUUUUGAAAAAUAUUAAAUAAUUUUAAAAGUUUUUAUAAAGGUUUUUUUAAAUCAUUCAAAAAAUGUAUCCAGAAAUAUUAAAUCAAGGCCUAAAUCAGAGUUUUGAAUGGGAGUGUGUUAUAACAUUAACCACUACACCUGUGUCUGUAAAUGAAUCAAUAGAUGUUCAUAAAUAUUAAUAAAUCAAAUCCAACAAAUACUGAUGGUGUGAGUAUUUCAUUCUACUGUAUUUUUAUCUUAUUUGUUAUUAUUUUUCUAUGUAUUAAGUAUUGCUACAGUUAAAAUUAGAAAUUAAUAUUUAUGAACAUCUAUCGAUUCAUUUAAAGACACAGGUGUAGCUGUAGGGUUUAAUGUUAUAUGGCAGUAUCUCCCACCUACCAUUGGCUAACACACAAAAUUGUUUAACCAAUCACCGAUAACUUUAACGUUUAAAAUACCGGCACUUACCUGUGUCUGGUUCCCCUCUGAUGAGCCACUCUGGCGAAACAUGUGCAUCAGGGGACGCUCACUCGUUAUAAUUUUGGUGUUGGCAUUCACUACUGAUCUUAUAAUAGACAGCCGACACCACGAGCAGCAGCUUCCUUGUUCCACAUGGUCGUGCAGUCCUCCUGCUACUUUGUAUCAAUUUGGUUUCCGCUUGUAUCUUAGACUAUAGGGGCUACAGCGGGUGGCGGUAUUCUAGAGUAGAGGUUUUUUUUUUUUUGUUUGUUUUUUUUAGAGGGGUGAUCUCGAAGGCACAUUAGACUCAACAUUAGGAGAAAUACCUCUGUGGCAUUUCCCCCCUUUUCCUCUAUAUCUUUGAAGCCGUGGAUUUUAACAACCAGGAUAGUAUUGCAUUUAUGUUAGUUUGCAUACUUCAUUUACUUCCAGGAUCCUAGUGAUAUUCUCCUGGUGUUAAACCAAGAUUUUCCCUUUUACAGAGGACUGUACUUUUCAUUUGGUUGUCUUUAUUCAUAUUUGUUACUCUCUCAUAUGUUUAUCAUAUUCAAGAUAUUGAUUAAAAGUCAAAUGUUAUCUUGCACACAACAGGCCCGGACUGGCCAUCGGGCACACCGGGCAAAUGCCCGGUGGGCCGCGGGGCCGAGGCCGGCAGGGGAGGUCCCAGGACAUCCCCUCCCGGUCUAUGCAGGGCCGGCACUAUCCGAGCGCCGGCCCCGCUGUUUGCCAUGGAGGGCCGAUGGGGAGAUCAAAGAUCUCCCUCACCGGCCCAUUUAAAUAGACCUGCGGCUGGGGAGGGAGGGAGAGGACCCGGCGGAGCUCUGUCUUGCAGCUCCCCCGGGUUUCUCUCGCGAGAUCCGGAGCGUUGCCAUGGCAACGCCCCGAUCUCGCGAGAGAGUUCACUCACCACUGGACCACCAGGGAUGGUGUGCGAGUGCCGGUGCCCCCCCUCCCAGCUACCACGUGCCUGUCCCCCCCUCCCAGGCUAAAGGUAAGAAGGGAGGGGGGGGGUUUAGUUUUUUUUUUGCUUAGUUUUUAUUUUAUUUUUUUAUAUAUUUACCCCCACUUAAUUUUUUAUUUGUUUAUUUACCCCCCAACACACAACAUUUAUACACAGCACUAUCACACUCAGCAUUCUCAGCACUCACACAACACUCUCACACACAUCACACCCAGCACUCUCACACCCAGCACUCUCACACUCAGCACUCUCACACACAGCACUCUCACACACAGCACUCUCACACGCAGCACUCUCACACACAUCACACGCAGCACUCUCACACACAUCAUAGCACUCUCACACACAUCAUAGCACUUUCACACACAUCAUAGCACUUUCACACACAGCACUCUCACACACAUCAUAGCACUCUCACACACAGCACUUUCACACUCAGCACUCUCACACACAUCACACGCAGCACUCUCACACACAUCAUAGCACUCUCACACACAUCAUAGCACUUUCACACACAUCAUAGCACUCUCACACACAGCAGUUUCACACUCAGCACUCUCACACACAUCACACUCAGCACUCUCACACACAUCACAUGCAGCACUCUCACACACAUCACACACAGCACUAUCACACCCAGCACUCACAACACACAACACUCUCACACACAGCACUCUCACACACAGCGCAGCACUCUCACACAUCAUAGCACUCUCACACACAUCACACGCAGCACUCUCACACACAUCAUAGCACUCUCACACACAGCACUCUCAUACACAUCAUACACAGCAAUCUCACACAUCGCAGCACUCUCACACACAUCAUAGCACUCUCACACACAUCAUAGCACUCUCACACACAGCACUCUCACACACAUCAUACACAGCAAUCUCACACAUCGCAGCACUCUCACACACAUCAUAGCACUUUCACACACAGCACUUUCACACACAGCACUCUCACACACAUCACACAACACUCUCACACACAGCACUCAGCACUCAGGCACAUCACUCUCACACACAUCACACUCAGCACUCACACACAUCAUACACAGCACUAUCACACUCAACACUCAUACACAGCACUAUCACACUCAGCACUCACACACAUAACACACAACACUCACACACAGCACUCUCACACAUCACUCUCACACACAUCACACAUCAUACACAGCACUAUCACACUCAGCACUCACACACAUCACACACACAUCACACACACAACACUCUCACACACAUCAUACACAGCACCCUCACACACACAGCACCCUCACACACAUCACACCUCACACACACAUACUGCACCCCUCACAUACACACACAACCCCCAAUACACUGCAUCACACACAUACACAAUACUUCCAAACAUAUUUAUAUAAACUAUAUAUAUAUAUAUAUAUAUAUAUACACAUACACACAACACCCCUCACACACACACUGCACCCCUAAACACAUUACAUUCCAGACACACACUAGAUCCUUUAGCCAACUCUGGAUCAUAUACACACACACACACUCUGGAUCCCCUAUAUGCACACUAGAUUCCUUGUAAGCAAACACACACUCUCUACAAACACUAAAUCACCUAUACACACACACACUGUAGCCUGUAUGCACACACUUGCUACAUCCCCUAUACACACAUUCUCUACAGCCCCUAGCCACAUAUGCAUUACAUUACACCACAAACACAACACGACUAAAACAGACCUUAUUACACAAUACCACACCAUGACCAGCUCACUCUGCACAAACGUAAUACCACAAACAGGCUCCAAACACAUGCACAAUACUCUUUCCUGGCCCUUUUGUCUCCUGGUAUCCAUUUAUAGAGACACCAGAGACAAGUUGCAAGGAAACACAGUGCAAGCAUGUUAUUAAAUUUGUUUGCACUGUGCAGAACAAAUACAGGACUUUUUUCUCAUGCUAGAGCUCUUCAGCAGAGCUCUGCGCAUGGUCUGCCCUGGAAGAGCAUUGAACUAACAUGCUCACUUUGAGAGGGGGCGUGUUUGUCAUGAGUGAUGACAAAACACACCCUCUCUGCCCCGCCCCCUUCUUAGUGGGCCGCUGUGAUAAAAAAAUGCCCGGGCUGAAUUUUUUUCCCAGUCCGGCCCUGGCACACAAUAUCUGGUAGAUCUUUUUUCUUUUCUUUUUCUUUUGUUUUUUUCAACUUUGAUGUUCACUGUUUAGGGGCUAACCUCCUUUUUCUUAUUAACAGAAUGUGUUCUCUUUACAUAUAAGAGGCUUGUUUUCUCUCCUUUUCAGUUAGAGAUUUGAAUGUAUUCUGCAUUAUAUAUUUUCAGAACACAGCCGGAUACAUUAUGACACGAAAUGCAAAUGGAAUUUUACAGUGUUCCUUUAUUACUCAGUCCAGUAUUUCCACCAAUAUUUCUACCCUGACAAGAGCUACCACUAAUCCCACCUAUUACAUAUUCCUGGCCAGAGGAAAAUCUGAUUUAAAUGGUGAGUUAGUCUGAUACAUCAUCAGACAUAGUAACUUUCUGUCGCUUGGAGGCCCAACACUUGACAGUUGUUUCUUUGGCAUCUUGGUCAAACCAACUUGCUAGACACUUUGGCCUCCAUUACAUUCCAGAAGAUAAUAUUUAUUGGCUGCCGAUUUAAGCCUUAUACCAUUUAAAUCAAUUAUAUUAUCGCCUAUAAAUAUCUGCUCAAAUAAUAUUGAUUUAAAAAAAAAACAAAAAAAAAUACUGAGAAUCCAUAAAAUACAUAGCAUUGGGAAAAAAUGAAUCACAAAUUCAAUGCCAAUUAUCUAGUAUAUAAUCCUAAAUAAAUGGCCAUGGAAAUAUUGACCGCAAAAGGUGGUUGAUAAAAGCUUUUUUUUUUUUUUUUUCUCUAUUUGCCUGCUGAUAAAUAUUAAUUAAACAUUUUGUUUACAGGUGUAAUUCAAAAACAUGAACAACGACCUCUUGUAUCAGCCACCAAAGUUGACCUUUCAAGUUUUGCUUUAACCAGUGCACAGACUGGAUCACCUUCUUUAACUCUUGGCCAUGGUGAGUUUAUAACAUUAUUAAAAAAUAUAUUGUAUUGUUGAACAGACUGAAUUAUGUUAUCUGUUCGUAGUGUAAUGUUCUUCGACAUCUGCUAGUGUGUAACCUCACUGGAACUUUAUUAUAUGCCUCUAUAAGAGCAAUCACACAUAGAAAGAAUGCUUCCAGAGUUAACCAGCAAUAAUACAAACUUUAGUUAUGCAAACUUUAUUUACGCAAUAGAUCACAUUUUAAAUCUAGCCACCCUCAUGUUGUAUCUUUUGAGUUAAUAAAGUGUGUACGUGUAAUUGCCGUAACUCUGUAAUUAUAGCUGCAAAAAUAAUUAUUGCUGUUUGCAGGGGCGGACUGAGAACCCUCAGGGCCCCCGGGCAAAAUAAAUCAAGGGCCCCCUUACAGGCCCCACCCAUACUCUGCAGCAAGCGCCACCCUUGUCCCGCCUCCAUGCACCGCUUCCAGCCACACCCUACACAAUCUUUAGACACAAGGAACAAAAGGGCAAUAAGCCCUUCGAGGCCCCAGCAGAGACUACAAUUGAGGGCUAAUGGGCCAUGGAGGGGAUUUCUAGCAGAGGCUAUCUCAGUGUCCUUUAGAGAGUGUGUUAGAAAGAAUCCCCUCAAGGCCCCAUUAGAGACUACAAUGGAGUCUAAUAGGCUUGGAAGGGGGUCUUUCUAACAGAGGCCAUCUCAGCGUCCAUUAGAUAUCCCCUGCUGGAAACAGUCGCCUCCAGGCCCCAGGAGAGACUACAAUUGAGGGCUAAUGGGCCAUGGAGGGGAUUUCUAGCAGAGGCUAUCUCAGUGUCCUUUAGAGAGUGUGUUAGAAAGAAUCUCUUCCAGGCCCCAUUAGAGACUACAAUGGAGUCUAAUGGGGCCUGGAGGGUGGUCUCUCCAACACUCUGGUUCCUAUUCACAAUAUAGCAACACAACAUAUCUCACUGAUACCUAGGCCAAGUUGGCUUACCUUAAUUACUGUUGCUGGCUGGCAGUCUGUGGGCUUGCUUGCUGCGGCUGGCAGGCUGUGGGCUUGCUGACUGUGGCUGGCAGGCUGUGGCUUGCUGGCUGCGACUGGCAGGCUGUGGGCUUGCUGGCUGUAAGCCUGUGGCUUGCUGUAGGCCUGUGGGCUGGCUACUGGCCUGUGGGCUUGGCUGGCUACUGGCCAGCCUGUGGGUUGGCUGGCUGGCUACUGGGGCACUUGUAGAUUAUUUAAAUAAAUAAUCCAUGCGCAAUAACCACUACUGCUCCAGAGUAAGUAGUCAAACCAUUUAAGAACAGUUUGACAACUUACCUGGGAUCUGCCUGGAUAUGGGGCUGUAGUAGGGAAUAGGAGCAGUGGUGCAAUGUGUGUGAAAGGUUCAGUGUGUGUGGGGGGUGUAGUGUGUGAAUGUGUAGGGUGUGUGGGCUGUGUAAGUGUGUGGCAAUGUUAAUAUGGGGGGUUGUGUAUGGGGGUCUAUGUGUAUAUGGGUGGGCAGUGUAUGUGUGUGUGUGAGGCAAUGUGUGUAAAUGUGUAUUGUGUGUAUGGGGGCAGUGUGUGAAUGUGUAUGGUGUGUGUGUGGGGGCAGUGUGUUUAUGGGGCUAGAGUUCACUCUCACCACUGCGACCACCAGGAAUCCCUGGGGGUCACAGUGUUGAGAGUGAACACUAGACUGUAGCUCCAGGGCUAGAGUUGACUCUCGCAAGAGCGGUAACGUUGCCAUGGUAAUCGCGGCAACGCUCUGUGCUCCUGCAAGAAGGACCCAGAGGAGCUGCAGGGUGAGCUCCCAGGUCCUCUCUUCCUUCCUCCCCUGCCCGCACGGUGCCUGCGGACAGGGGAGGGGGAGCAAUUGCCCUGUUGCCCCCCUGGAUCCACCAGUGAUAUAUCCAGCCCUUCUGUGUGCCUUUUUGUCUCCCCCCGUCCCUCUGUAUGUUUCUUUCUUCCCCCUCCUUCCCAGUCUCUGUUACCCCUCUGCCUCUUUCUCCCUCUCUUCCACUGUUUUUCUCCCCCCUUUCCCUGUCUCUCUCUCUCUCCCCCACAUCUCUCUUCCUCUCUGUCUCUUUCUCCCCCUCCCCAUCUCUUUCUCCCCCUGUGUCUCUUUCUCCCCCUCCCUAUCUCUCUAUUCCCCCUCUUUCUCCCAGUGUCUCAUUCUUCCCUCUCUGUCUGUCUCCCCCCUCCCCAUAUCUCUGUUCCCCCCUCUUUCUCCCCAUAUCUCUGUUCUGCCCCAUGUCUUUCUCCCCUCUCCCCCCUAUCUCUGUUCCCCUCUUUCUCCCCUUUCCCAUAUCUCUAUUCCCCCCUCUUUUAUACACCCCUCCCAUAUCUCUGGGCUACACCCCUCCUCUCCCCUCUCUACCCAUAUCUCUGUUUCCCCCCUUUCUCCCUCUCCCCAUAUCUGUUUCCCAGCACCUUCCCCAUGUCUGUUCCCCUCUCUCUCCCCCAUAUCCUCUGUUCCCCUCCCUCUCCCCCGAGAUCUCUGUUCCCCUCCUCUCUUUGAGAUCUGUUCCCCACCUCCCUCCUCCCCCAGAUCUCUGUUCCCCCUCCCACUCUCCUUCCCUUCUCCUCUUUCCCCCCUCCCUCUCCCAUAUCUCUUCCCCCCCUCACUUUCUCCCCCCUCCCCCACCAUAUCUCUGUUCCCCAGCACCGCCCCACCCCUCCCAUAUCUUUCCCCCCCAUCUCUCUCCCCCCAUCUCUCCCCUCUUUUUAUCUCUCUGUUUCCCCCCUUACACCCUCAGGAAGUCAGGGCGGCCCGUUCAGCCACCACAGCAUGGGACGAAUUGCUUAGGCCUCGCCCGGUCCUCUACUAGCGGCUGAAGGAGGAGGAGGGAGGGGAUAAUGUCUAUCAUGCUCCUUUGCGGUUCCCACAUCCUGUGCUGGGAAUUGUGGGAACCGCAGGGAGCAUGAUAGACACAUGCUCCUCCUCCUCCUUCAGCGUUAGUGAGCGGAAUGCCGCCGGACCGGCGAGGCUGCUACCCGGUCCGGCGGCUGCAGCAUGAAAAUGCCGGCCCCCUCACAGUGUGCCACCGGACCGGCCACCCGGUGGCACCUGCAGUCCCCAAAUGCCGCCCCCAAUCCAGCCUUGGCGGCGGGCCCCCCUCCCGGCCGGGCCCUCGGACCGUGCCCGACCGGUCAGUCCGCCCCUGGCUGUUUGCAGCUUUAAAAACUGGUAAAAUACAUGCUGGAAAGACAGACAACAUGAUGUUACCAACACUGCACUAUGACAUAGAAUUGACAGCACUACUCAAAGUACGAAGGAAGGAACGAAGCAGUGAUUUUUAGGCAACGCCUUGUUUUUGAGCAGAGAUGCAUAGCCCCCAGUCUACAGUCCACUCAAGACGCUACCGCAUCAGUGAGACACAAAGGUUCCAGUCCAUUGAGAGAUCACAAAAGACUGACCUGUGACGGACUUGGUACAGGCAGUUGAUGACUUAAAACAAAUAUAACACCACAGUGUGAAUUAGUGCAGUGAAUUAAGUAUAAAAUAUUCUUAUCUUUGAUCUAACAAAAAACAGCCUCCCAAGAUCGGAACCCAGAAGUCGAUUAUUUUAAUGUAUAUGGAAAAACAAAAGAUAUAUGGGAUUCGGCUGUACACAAUCUAAAAGGGAACAUAAAAUAAUACAUAGUGUAACGUAGUUCAAAUAAGACAAUUAUGUGCCACAAAUGAAUACACUCACAGGAUUGAUAUGUAUAAUGCGCUCAAGGGUGCCUCCCCCGAUGUUAUUGGGUGGCUUUUUUCCCCACACUUUCACUCCAACGAGGUAGAUGCAAAGUAAGACUCCAAAGUUGCAGUAGCAGGAACAGCAUCCACGGAGAGACACAAUCAAGUUGCUGGUAUUGUGUACUGAAACAUCUGCACAGAAUAUCAACUGGACCUGCCUAAGUUCAGAUGGGAGAUACCACAAAGGGGAGUUGAGAAUGACAAGGUUAAGAUCCUGUGGGCCUUCAAAUUCCAGACAGACAAGCAAGUGCUCGACAUCGUGGUGGUAGUCAAAGAACGAAAGACUGCAGGCAAUACCCAGUGACUAUAACAUCAGGAAGAAGGAACAUGAGAAGGUGGAGAAAUACCAAGGACUAAAAGAAGAACUAGAAAGGAUGUAGAAAGUGAAGACAGUAGUGAUAGGAGCACUCGGGGCUGUGACUCCCAAGUUCGGGGAGUGGCUUCAACAGAUUCUAGGUGGGACAACGAAAAUCUCUGUCAAGAAGAGUGCAGUUCUAGGAACAGCUAAGAUGCUGUGCAGAAUCUUCAAACUCCCAGGCCUCUGGUAGAGGACCUGAGAAUAAGGAAUAAACAUAACACCCAGGAGCAGUGAGAAAAUACAUUUAUUUUAUUUAUAUAUGAUUAGUUAAUACAUUGCUAAACAAAAAUACACACACCAGUCAAGCCAUAAGACUUGCUUUUCCCACAUAAAUCUUACUUUAACAGUGCUCUCACUACUGCAAGGAAUUCUGGGUAGGCGUCUGCAAAUGAGCUCAACAAGGAACCACAUUUUUGUCUCCUAAUUCCACUUUAUACAUGGAUUCCAUGGAAUAUGUGUCUGCUGUAUCAAUGCGUUUCGCCCGUACUCGGCUGGCUUUGUCAAGAUAGUGAGGUGUCCUUCUCUUCUGAUAUAUUUACCUUGAACAAUUGCAAUGCCGAUCAUUUUCUGUUAAAGGUACAUAUGUCCAGGGCCGCCAUCAGGGCAUGACAACCAUGACGUUUGUCAUGGACCCAGAUUGCUCAGGGCGUCCCGGGCCCCACAUUAGCUAUGUGCACACAUAUAUAGCGAUUAACAGUGAGAUACAGGGAGGGGGGGGAAUAAAACAAGACAAUUAACGUAAGAAAAAAAAUACUGUAGGCUUUCCCCCCACAUUACCCUCACUGCCAGCUGAUCUAUCCCAAAGGAAUGUAGGGGAAGAGGAGCGUAAUUAAUUGAUGGCAGGUAAAAGGACUACGUACCUGGCCCAACUAGUGUGGUUGAGCUUGAGAAAGGACUCUUGUAGAGAGGAACUUAAUGACCCACUAGGAAUGCUAAUAGGAAUGUGUCUAGUAUGGUGUAAGUGUAACUGGAGAUACGGGCACAAUGUACCUGAAUUGAGCUUUAGUCCCAUCAACAUGAGGAUAGAGAAGAUAAUUAAACGUGUUAUAUCUAGGUAUGAGUUCCCACUGUGCGUUCUUCCAUAAGAAGGACAUCUAUAUUCCUAGUAGGAAACAAACUCUGGAGAUCCAGCAAGUGUCUGUGACUGGCAUUGAGAAUGCUGACCAAGGGGGUUAUAGGAAGAAAAAUGAGUGUCCUAACGAGGCCGUAGUCGUGCGUAUUUGCUCAAAUGAGGGGCCGAAAUGGAGUUGUAGUGGUGGGCCAUAUUUAACGUAUGAGGGCCAUAUGUAGAGACCAUGUUGUGGCAGGUCAAAAGAAACUUAUGUCAAAUGUAAACCGUAUGUGAGUGCUCAAAUGAGGGGAUGAAAAAUUGUGCUGUACUGCGUAUCUCAUGGAGGGCCGAGGUAUGAUAGGGAUGUAGCACACCGUAGUAGGCUGGAAAUGACAUCAGAGCUGAACUGCUGGGUAAUGGGCUGUAUGAGAUGUAACAAUCAUACGUGUCACAACGUAAGUGGCCUGGUUACACCAAACUACUGACAUUAUGCUGAAACGCAAUGGCAUAAUUAAGAGAUAUAUAAAAGGUUAAAUGGAUCAAGCAGUGUCAUGUACUCUGAGAGUAUGGCCAGGUGUAUGCCGCUUAGGAAAAGUUGUGAGUGGAUUAGCAGGGUGGUCGUAUGCUGGUAGCAUAAGGAAUAGCAGAUGUGUAACAUAAGACAUGGUUGAAUAAAGGUUGUAAGUUGUGGGAUAGCUGAACUUUAGCCUACGCUUGCACCCUGUUGUAGCUCACUUAUUUCCAGGACGGAGGUUUGGAAGUGGACUUAGUGGCCCAUUGGGGACGUAUGAAGAGUGCUGCAAAGGCCUAGUCAGGGCUUGUGUAGGGAGUAUGCAUAUAAUGCUGAGAAAUUGUCCCAAUUAUGAGUCCUGAGGUACAGGGUGAACAUGAAAUGCUUAGUAAAACACAUCAUGGGGGGGAAGGCAAUUUGUAAGUCAUAGAACAUUUGAGGGGUUACUUUUUGUUAAGGAGGAGCAAUUUACAUAGGUAUGAUAGAGGUUGGACGGUAGCAUACCCUGCAGUAUAACUGAUGAUGAUUGAAAUGUCAGCUUGGUAAACAUAUAGGGAUUGAAAACACCUUAUCUUGAUGUAAUACGUACCUGCUGAGUCAAUGAUCUGAUGCCUGGUACCUAACUUGAUACCGAGAGUCUAGGCUGAAACCUCUAAAAUGCUAAAGUUACAGUACGGACAUGAGACGGCAAUGGCCCUCAACCCUGCUAGUGGGGGGCAGAGUAUUAGGCCCGAAUAUGCUGGAGACCAAAAUGCCAUACACUUUACGCAGUAAGAGACAGGAUUUUCAAAUAUAUGCGAAAGACACUUGGACUUCUGGUUUGGCUAAGAAGUUCAGGAAAUGUUAGACUUAAUAAGGCUGAAGCGACAAGAAAGCGAAAAAUGCACCCCGUGAAACCAAAUAUUCCUGGCUGAAGAAAACCAUACUUCAAUCAGGAAUCAAACCAAACCAAGACAUAAAGCAUAGUACUUAACAAAAUAAUUACUUUGACAGGCCACAUGGUGGCGAUAUUGGCAUAACCACCUGCAAAUCACUUAAACGAAUAGCUGAAAAUCCGCUGAAAUUAGGGGAAUGCAAGUGAAAGUCCUUACCCUUUAUUUUAAGACUGCUCAUAAAGAGCCAAAAUGACAGUGCCAAACAUAGCACAAAAUAGCAAGAUUUAUGCAAGCAGCGUUGCUGUGAGUAGUUAAACCUGCCAAACGAACUUGUUCGUUAAAACGCGAACCGACCUGCAUCAAGUUUAAAAGUGCAAACUAACUACACACGGUGAAUCCAGCGGGUCGGUUGUGGGGAGGGGGUGUAUGCAGGUGUCUGUGAAUUGAUAGAGUGGGGCUGAGGGAACCCGGUGAGCAGUAAGGGGACCAAGCUACUGGUCCUGACGGCGUGCCAAGAGGCACAGUCAGGAAACUUACUAUAAGUGGUCAGACCUUGUGGACCCGACAGGCGUCCGAUGGUGCAGACGGCAUUCUGAGAGGCAUCCGUCUUAAUAGAAUCACUGUGUGACAUGAAUAGGCGAGUGGCAACAAAUUGCAUGGAAUGGACAGGCGCCUGGCAGAGGGGACUCUAAGUGGGAGCAGGACCUCUGUGAAGCAAUGCCGGUCAGGGCCGCCUGUAUACUUGACCCGGAAGGGCAACCCGACCUGGAAGUGAAAACCCACAGCAACGCUGGAACUCGAGUGCAGGUAAGGGGAGGAGGUAUGGGUUGAAAUAAAUGUGUAAUCUAUAUAUAACGAUUGAACAUUUUUCUACUGCUCCUGUUUUUCCCUUCUAUUGGUCACUUUUUCUCACUUGAUCUGUGAAUCAAAUUGGCAGAAAAAUCAUUGUACUGUCCAGUAUCUAAAUAAUAUUUAUAUUAUCUUAGGAAUUUGUUCACUAUAUACAAGUCUAAUAAACUCAAAUGAGCCAAGAAUGUAUAGUUGUUGACUCUGCUGAUACAACUUACUAGCCAGCCCUCCAGGGUUAAUGGCUAGGUACAUACCUGCCCAUCUUGCUCAUUUAGCACUGUAGAAUUGUAAUUUUAUAAUAGGACAGGAGGCUUCGUAUUUUGCAUAAUCUUUCUUUACUAAAACUCCAGCAGCACAGGUUUAACAAUAAAGUGUAGUGAAAAAAACAUUGCCAUAGGGUAUAAAAGGCCCUUCCUCUUGCAUCAUUUCCUCUUUCUUUGCUGCUCCAGUCAUACAGGUCAGAGUAUUUUAUUCUCUGCUACUGAAUUUACAUUUACACUGUCAGAGCUUCCUUUCUCUGCUCAUUCUUACUAUUGAAGUUACAUUUACUCUGUCAGAAUAUUUUAUUCUCUGCUCAUUCUUACUAUGGUUUUACAGUCACACUGGUUUCGAUGGAUUGUCUCUAUAUUUCAUUAUCACAAUUUAUUUUCUUCAAUUUUUCCCUUUCUCCCCACCUGUACUACCUUUGCUUCCCUCUCACUAUCUCCCUGUCAUUCAUUUUGCAAUCGCGGCAAAUUACCUCAAUCGCACUUUUCAAACCAGGGACUGGGGCAUCGGUUAGGGUUAGGGUCAGCGGGAGGGGGAGUGUGGGAAUCCGCAUUACUGGCAUUAAGAUUUGCGCUCGAAUGGCGGCCAUUUCGGGUAUCGCAAACCGCAAAAUCCAGGGCGGCCAGCCACCUUCCCAGACCGUGAUUCACACUGUCUGGAAUGCUCUCAUUUCUCCUACAGGGUUUUUCAAUGCCUGUCAGGAGCUGUUAUAUUCAUAGCACCAUGUGUGUGUAUGUUUCACAAUAUAUUUAAUGCAUUAGGUUAGCUCAAUGGGCUAAUACACUAGCAGUACAUUGUCCAUAUCUUAUGGUUCACAGGUUCAAUCCCCACUGAAGUAGAUAAAAUUGGAAUCUCCUAUUUGGGUAACCAGAUAAAUGUGUUCACGAUUUUAUAUCUUGUGAUCUAUUAAUUUCUGUGCAUUUUUUUUAUAUCCAUGCCUGCGGCCCGCAACCGCAAGCCGAGCUGUCGUUUUGGCGCGAACGGCGGCCAUCUUAGAUCUCGCACUCGCGAGACCCACAACGGCCAUUUGCGCCCCUAGCGGUUAUGACUCACACGAUCCCUUCAACACACGUUGGAUAUGUAUAGUUAGGUAUUUCCAUUAAACAAUAAUUUACUGUGGAACAUUGCUGAUAAGAAACUGCACUGUACAUUAAUCAUUACAGUGCUGCAGAGUGUCUAUACAGAGGUGACCCCUCUCAGUUGGGGGUGAACCCCACUCACGCUCCUGCCAAUACCAUAACAGGGGUGACCCCCUACGCUGGGUGACCCCCAAGCGGAGUCAUACAGCACUCAGUGCAGGAUUCAUUCAGGGGUGACCCCCCCACAGGCUCAAAGAGACUCAGUGCAUGCAGGUUCAACAUCCUGCCAUACACUAACAAUAUGACUCUAUGCAGUGAAUAUUGAACACACUACGACUGGGGUGAUCCACACACCUCCUUACCAAGGAGGGAGAAAUUUGCAAGUGUACAGGCUCCACAAUUCAUAUAUUGUUGGGUGAACCCCAAACCAAACAGGCCCUCCACCCUUGACGGGUGCGGCCCAAUUAUACGACCGCUCAUCCCGGUCGCACAGAAGGUGACCCCCCUCCUCAGGCCACUCGACCCUUAGCGACCUGAGGGUCUCGGGUCAGAUAACACUGGGUGACCCCCAGUCAUAAGUGGAAGCCUACUGUACUACUACUCACACAGUGCAUGCAGGUUCAACAUCCUACCAUACACUAACAAUAUGACUCUAUGCAGUGACUAUCGGACACUCACACUACGACUGAGGUGAUCCACACACCUCCUUACCAAGGAGAGAGGAAAUUGCAAGUGUACAGGCUCCACAAUUCAUAUAUUGUUGGGUGAACCCCAAACCAAACAGGCCCACUUAUACGACCACUCAUCCCGGUCGCACAGAGGGUGACCCCCUCCUCAGGCCACUUGACCCCUAGCGACCUGAGGGUCUCCGGUCAGAUAACACUGGGUGACCCCCAGUCAUAAGUGGAAGCCUACUGUACUUCGGUACCUGAUAUUCUCCUGUCUUUCACAGACAGAAUACUCCACUACUUCAUGAUGAGUGACGCACCACAAUCACCACCAUCUGACUUCCAGUCAAUUACUUCCAGUCAUUUUGUUUUCAUCGACGAACCAAACGAAUCAAUUCACGUGUCUAUCAUUAAGGUACAACCUGUGGUACCCAAGAAACUUUUAUAACCGGUCAUGGCGCCCUUUGCGCCAUAAGGGAAUCCGCUACCUCACCUAUCUAGACUACAAGACGUUACUUACUUGUUUUCUCCUACAUUUGGACAAUAUCUCGGCAACCGGCUACACAAAACACCUGGACGGAGUCUGGUAUCGGACUCUAAUAAUAUCGGAGGACAUUUACCAUUUCUAAAUUACACGUAAUGUUACCCUACGACUAGGGUUCCCUCAGAAGAUUACCUAUAUCACGAACUGGGUUUCGUGACAAUAACUGGCAAUGGGACUCCUUGGUCACCAUCGCAUCACGGAGAUCUGGGUGACAUGCACCUCGCCACUACGGCAGAAUCGAAGGGGCCCCCGAUCCCAUUGACUCCAUUCUGGGCUUUCCACUAUCUCCCAUCUUACAGAUAACCCACAAGAUUCCAUUGGAGACUUUGGCGGCUCACGUUCCACAACAGGACUUUUCAUAUGCCGCGAGGCGUCAUACGCUCCAGAACCAGUAUCGAAAUACACUCGGUUAUGGGUCUUAGUUGUGGUUUCUCUCUAUUCCUAUAGGUUGGACCUAUGGAUUUGGAUACUCACUCCAACUAACCCUCGAGGAAUCUCUCAAUCGAGACAGCCUCUCUCUCUCCCUUUGUAUACUAUACCUUUCACACCAGUUAUGGCCACCACCUUACCGGGUCGGCACGUUGACCAUUGCUCAUAUGGUUGCGGAGAUCGAUUGGUUAUCGGUCAUUCGGAUCAUGGAUGCAUCUCAGACAUCCACGGUGCAUCUUCCUUCGCCGAUGUUCAUUGGCCGGGUCACGAGAAGAGACUUUCAGGGUGUUCUACUUCCUCGGACUCUUCACACAUCCUGUGUUGUUCCAUAGCAUUAAAAAUGCAAAAUAUGAAGCCUCCUGUCCUGUUAUAAAAUUGUAGAUUAUGCUAGCGCAGUGUACCUAUAAUCUUAAUUGUAUUAAGGACAGGAGGCAAGUAUUUCCCCACCCUGCUUUUUCCCUCCCUAUUUAUCAUUCCUUGGGUUGUACUUCGAUAAAAGAUUUGAAUUCAGGGGGUGUGGUUAUCUCUUUAUUAUGUGGUUUAUUUCAUAUAACAUCUUGUAAUUACGACUGGUAUCUGUUAUGAUUUCCUAAUACAUACAAUUUGACUAUAUUAAUGUCUCUAUCAUAGCUACCUAUUUCGGUAAAAAAAUUCUUGUCUCAUCUGAUAAAUUCCUUUUACGUAAAGUACUACGGAAUAAACUGGCGUUUUAUAAACAGUAAUAUUGAUUAUGCUAAUAAUAAUAAUAAUAACAAUAAUAAUGAGGACAAACAGUUCAUUUCGAAAUCCCUUUAACGUCUUUUGUUUCUUUUCAGUUUGAUUCUUCUUCAUGGAUCAAUACAUGGGAUCGUCUUCGCACUCUAUGACUAUCUUCCAUUCGGAUCAUUUACAGUCUGAUUCUUCGUCGUUAUCAUUAUUUAUUGUAAUAGCAGGAUAUGUUUAUGAUUAUCUUGCACCAAAGAAAGAGGAAAUGAUGCAAGAGGAAGGGCCUUUUAUACCCUAUGGCAAUGUUUUUUUCACUAAACUUUAUUGUUAAACCUGUGCUGCUGCAGUUUUAGUAAAGAAAGAUUAUGCAAAAUACUUGCCUCUUGUCCUUAAUAAAAUUAAGAUUAUAGGUACACUGCGCUAGCAUAAACUACAAUUUAAAAGCAAAGUCCUCUGCUGGCAGACAUUCCCUGGCACAUGUCAUGAUGAAAAUUUUUAUUUCAGAAAUUCUUUCCAGAGCACUGGGUGUUAGUAUAUACAGCAUCCAUUUGUUUAGUGAAUCUCUAAAGAUUCCUCCCUGGUAACAAAGUCCAUUCAGAUAUAUGCCUGAAAAGGUGCUGUGGGAUUAAAUCAUUCUAUUGAGGGCCUCAGUGUGCAGGUAUGCACUAUAGCGUCUCCGCUGUAUCCUAAACCUGGAAUGGGAAACAGCUGCUCUAAGGAUACAUUUUAAUGGGGAAUGUUUAAUGGAUUUUUUUGUAUUAUGCUUACAAAUAUAUCUCUAUAUAUAAGUAUCCAAGUUACAGGAUAGAGGUAUAAAUUUCUAUAUUUAUUAAUUUUACAAAAAGUACAGAUUUCAGCAGAAACUGGCAUUUAUUUUUUUAAAUGUAUUAUUUAAAAAAAAAAAAUUAACAUUGUUACACCUUUGUCAACUUUGUUAACAUUGUCAAUGAAAAGCAGCAAUUGCUCAGAGAACCUAAUCGAGCUGCAUUGGGAAGUCUGUGCUUAUACACAGAAAGUCUGGGCUGGGGAAGAAGGAAACAAUUCUCAUAUGUACCAUCUCAACAGUCUUAAGACAAGCAAUCAGGCACCAAAAGUCCAUGGUAAAGACGAUAAUUAAUUCCAGUGUAAAAAAUACUUACCAUAAAGGAAGACCAAAUGGCUUGCAAAGGCAGCAGAAAAGGCCAAGCUGUUGUUAGAUAUACCCACAAUUAAAAAAAUAAAUGCUGAAUUAAAAGCAUACAUGUUUUCAUUGGUCAUUUUCUAUUUUUAUUUUUUUUGAGGUGGGCAGUGUAGUGUCCUUUUUGAACUAUUGACUAUUUCUGUAGAAAAUUAGACUUUUAAUAAGUGAAACAAGCUGCAGUAGUAAUGGUUAACCAGAUGGAAGGGGACUAAGAGGGCCAGUUCCUUCCAUUAGAUGGGAAGAGUAUGAGUUCUCACAGAAGAGUAUAAACACAUGGUAAUACACCAUGUUCAUUACAUUAUGAAUUUCAUAGUGACUACAUUUCACAUAGUGUUUUAUGAUUACCAUUUCUAAAUAUAUUUUUGUCAUAUCUGGUACCUGUAUUAUUGUCCAAUCCUCUUGCAGCAUUGGGGAGUCAACAUCAAUAUAGUCGUGGAAAGAUGCAUUGAGUAUUGCUCUGUGCUUUUCCAAAAUUCUUUAUAACAUCUCUAAAGUUUAGAGUAACCACAUGCUGAUAUCCUGUCAUAGCCGGUGAGUGAGAAGCCCUGUUUUCUCUUACUCCUGCCUCAAAACUUUACUUUGUGAAUUGCACCCUUGCUGUUUUGACAUGGCCCUGAUGAGGACUCAAACAAUCAAAUCUAUCCAGGAUAUCUCUUUGCUAUGUUAGCCUAAUUGCCCCACACAUUUAAUGGGUGAAUUGACUUGGCAGUUGUGAAUAUUAAUUAAGAACCUGAAUGCCCAUAUGUGUUAAAUUUGAAUGGUCCAUUUCCUAUUUAUCUCACUUACCUCACAUAAAAAUGCCACAUGUGCAUUUCUGUAGAUGGCAAUAUGGUGAAUUUAUAAGUUAAUGCAAUAGUGAUUUAAUAUGUUUUGCUUGUUCUAGGGUAAUUCUAGGGUAAGAUAUGGUCAUAUUACCAGAUACGACUUCCAUCAUUUGGGGGUAGGAGUGUAAGCACUAAAAAUAUAGUAUCAAAGUCUAUAGAGAUUUAUAAAUUGAUUAAAAUAUGUAGAAAAAGUUAUAGAACAUUGUCUUCUCUCAUUACCUUUCAAUAUAUUACAUUUAACAGUGUGCUUGAAUUAAAUAAAUAAAUUACUAAUCUGUUCUAUACCGAUAUGCCCUCAAGAUGGUUGCAGAGCCACAUUUUUCUUUGACAGUUGGUGGAUGUGUGCUAGGAUCUAUAUUGGCACUUGUAUAGGGUUUACUAAAUCUAAUGCUAAAGUGGCAAACUAAUCAUUUUUACCUUUCCCGUCAUGAUAACAAUUAUGAAUAGUUUUUUGUUUUUUAUAAAAAAAUAAAUAUAACAAUAGUUAACUUUCAAUACACUUGCACUUACAAUAGUUAACUUAUGUAGUUUUACAUAUCAUUUGCGUAAAUCUGAAAUAAAGUUAGCUACGGUUAUUUUCUUCCAAGCAUUUGGCUGGCCUCCUGAAUUGAUCAGUCUUAAUCACCUGUCCUUCCCGUAUAAUGCUGUGGGAUAUUACUAAGUGGCAAAAAGAGCAGGGGUUUCAGCCCAAGGGAACAUUUUGUGGACCGUUCCACAUAUAUUGACUUAAGCCCCUUCUAAAACCAGCCCCAUACAAAGUCCAUCCUUAUACCAUAAUGUAUUCUAUCAAUCACAUUGUUGUUUCAGAAUAUUGUAUGAGCUUAUAUUUAUUAAUUCCACACCUGCUGUAUUAAUUAUCCUUUGUACUGCAUUCAAAUCUUAUACCCAAAACAAUACCCCCGAACUGUGCUAUAUAAUUAACUCUUAAUAUGGUACAUUAGAGUGGUACUGUCUAUUCUAUUCUUCGAGGUGCUAUUUCUCUCUCAGUAUUAUAACUGUUAUGGGUGAACAAUGAAAUUGUACCAAAAUCAGACCAGGACCUUUUCAGGACCCAACUCUGGGCACAACCACACCUGUGAUAAUCCUCAUGCCCAACAUCUCUUAUGACCCUUUCACUUUUUGGAAUAAAACUGUAUUUUUCUCUAAAAUAAAACAUUAAGUAAUCCAUAACUAAAUUCAACAUGCUACAAAUACCUGUUUUGAUAUUUUACAUUUUGUGGAUCUCCAAUACAUUUCACAUUAAAUGACCUGUAACAUGUCUGUCUUGUUGCUAUUGCUCUAAACUCAUAGAUUGGUUUGUCAUUUAAUGUUUCUAUUACUCAGGUGCCCUAAUGCUAAUUGCCUGGAUGACGACUGGAAGUAUCGGGAUGCUUAUGGCUCGUUACAUGAAGAAUGCAGCUGAGAGACCAAUCCUCGGAAAGGCUAUCUGGUUCCAGGUGGGAGAAGACAUAUUUACAUUAGUCUUUCUUAAUUGAGUGUCAACUAAAAUAAUCUCUCCAGCCUCCAUGGUGCUUUAUUUAUCAUGUAUGCAUCCAAGAUAUCUUCUCCUCAAACCCAUCAGUAGUGUUUAGUAUAAAGCAAGUCGGACAUACUAAACACUUACAGGGUUUUUUGAGGCUUAGAGAAUUUAUCUUUUUUGCUUAUUUUGACUUUUAUUUUUAGAAUUCUCACUUCAGUGAAUAAACUGGCUCUUGCUUGUUCCAAAUGUCCAAACUUGGACACGUUUGACAAAAAAUAAGCAGGUGUAUCAUGGUCACCCACUUAAUGGUCAAGCAACUGCCAAGUUGCUUCCUGUGCUGAGAGAUGACAUUCUGCAAAGCAGGUCACAGAGCCUUCAAAUCCCUGACCAUUAAUAUUCUCUCCCAUCACCCCAACUAUGCAUAAUCCCCUCACACUAACAGAGCCCCUACUGCCUCCUGUAAUCCGUGUCAGGGAGGUUUCAAAGAACAAAUAAUUACUCCCUCAAAUCCUGCCGCAUUUCACAUAAAAACACGGAAUGUAAGUUAAAUGCAUGAUUAACAUCCCUCUUUCAAAUAAUUUUACGUGUACAUUUUGUUCACUUGUAUUGCUAUUUCUUACUUUAGAAAAAAUAUCAUUAAACCGACUAAAAUUAUUUAGAUUUUCAGUUUUUUUGUUUGUUUUUUCGAUAUUUAUAAGUGUUUAUUUUGCAUUUAUUUAUUUUUCCAGUCCCACUUCUUCCUGAUGAUUCUUACUGUGAUUCUGACAAUAAUUGCAUUCAUCAUGAUAUUCGCCGAGGUUGCUGGCUGGAGCUAUGUGAGUGUAUAGGCACAGUAUAUACAUUUAUGAAUGAAAUGUUGUGUAGACUUUUUGAAUGAUAGGUUUUAUGUAAGUGUCUUAUAAUCAAUUAAGCUUAAUACGUACUAAAGGGACACUCCGCUGCCCAAACACACACAAUAAAUCACUAUUUAGUAAUAAAAAAAAUAUCCAUUUUCUUUCCAUUGGGGUAUAUCAAUAGCUUGCAAAAGUGGAGAUCUCUUGCCUGAAGCCUUUGCAAGUUCUCUACUUCAAACCCUGACCAGUCUGUCGGUGGCUGUCCAAUCACAGACUUCCCAAUGUAGGUCAAGUCUGACUAAUUGAUGCCUCUCCACUGAGCUAAACAGCCAGGAAGUAACAGGACCUAAUGUCUAACAACAAAACUGACAAUUUCUAUUCAAAUCACUUUUUGUUCUUUAUUUACAAACUCCUCGCAUAUAAACCACUUUGGCAAACUAAAGUGCUUUAGGUGUGUGGAGUGUUCCCUUAAAUGUAAGUGUAAUGAGGUAGAGGCUGCAGGGUCGCCAUCAGGGGGUGAGGGGGGGGCCCAGAACUUGUGCUUUGUCAGGGGCCCAAACAUUUCUGAUGGCAGUCCCGAGAGGCUGCAUGUUUGCUUGUUUUUCUGUGUUGGUGUUUUGUUGUUUGGUUUUCUGUCUUUUAUUUUUUCUGGAUUUUUUUUUUUUUUUUUAAACGUUCAUAUUUAUUUACAGUGACAUGUCAGCCAAAAUUCCCAGCAUGUCUUGAUUGGCCCCUGCACUCACUGCUGCUGUGCUUGUCAAGGUGAAAUAAAGUGGUGAACAGUGCAAAAUUCUAUCUUCGUAAAGCACAUCAUAUUGAUCUGUGGCCAAGCACCCAUUCUCUCAAUACAGACCACAGUUAACCCCUCAGUAAAAAAAAAAAAAAAGCAAUCCCAGUACUACUGCAGUUCACCAGAAUUGUCAGUCUGAAGUGUACACAUUACACGAGUUGUCUUCAAUAUAUAAAUAUGGCACAUAUUGUACGUGCAUAAACCUAAAAGUACAGUCUUACACUUGCCUCAAAUGUCUCUGUAGAAUUCAUAAUAUCACAUGCUACAUAUCUGCAAGGGAAAUGGGAUAAGGAUAAGUUUUAAUUGGAAAGGAGUAGAUUCUUGGUUGAAGGUACAGUAUUUGUAAACUUAGGUUAAUUUUGGGCACAAUCCUAAUUCUGUUACCUAAAAAUAUAGUGGUAAAAUGCAUUACUUGAUUAUAUUAUAAUUAUUUUUUUUACACCUACAGUGACACACUGUACACAUUUUUCAAACCGUACCUUCACAGUUGGCUAUCUCUGUAUUCACUUCAUCUUUCUUUAUUGGAGCAAGGUCAUUAAAAAAUUAUUCAUAUAAUGUUUUGUUUAUACAGGACACUGGAGCCCACCCAGUUCUUGGGUGCAUUGUGAUGAUCCUCUCUUUCUUCCAGCCCAUACUUGCAUUUUUCCGACCAGAUCCAAAGAGUGAGAAGUAGGUUCCAAGCAUCCAAACUGUCACAUUCUUGAUUAGGUCAUAAUUCUGGAUAAUGUAUUGGGUGUACUUUUUAAGCAAAACAUUUUUUACUGUUUGUUUAAUGUGUUGUAUGUUACAGUUCUGAUGCAAUUGUACCAUAGAUUGCUGUUAUUGCUCCUUCUAAAUUAUAGUAUAUUAGGUAAACAUCUAUAACAAGUGUAACAUAAUGGAAGCAUGAAAAAUACUAUGCAGUGUAGGGAAUGUGUUUUUGACCUCACCUGAACUUCGUGGUACCCUUAGUGGCACUAUUGUAGUUCUUCUGAAUGUUAACAUUCAUUGUUGAACAUUUUGUUUAGUAAUAAAUCCUAAAAAGACAAUAAACCUGUUUUUCCCUAUAUAAUUUGUCAGUAAACGGCAAGUACUAACGCUUUGGAUUCUGGGUAGGGAUAUACAAUGUGGAGUGGCAGUAUUUUAUUGAUAACCUCUUUUGGAAAACACAUAAUAAACGCAUGACCUAUCAUUCUAAUUUCAGACGUUUCAUCUUCAAUUGGGGGCACAUGCUGAAUGCACUUGUGAUCAAGGUGUUGGCAGGUAAUAGUCUAUAUGGCUUUUUUAUGAUGAUACAGUAUCUAGCAGUAUCUAGAAGUGUACAAUCUAUUUGCCUUAUCAAGGGAAAUUGAAAUACACCAACUUUUGUAUCUCUUUAUAACCUUCUGAAUGCUCUUUGUUCCAGUGGCCACUAUCUUCCUCGGCCUGAAAUUAAUAGACACAACCUCCACUCUCUGGUUAUCCAAGGUAAUGGGAGGAUUUUUUGCAUGGGAGAUUUUGUUCUACAUCAUUCUGGAGACCAACAUGCGUUUGAAAGUAAAAGGUAAGACAUCUUGGCAGCGGAUCUGGUUUUGGUAGGCAAUCUAAGCAAGGCUAGAACGGUGUGUUCAUUCUACUUGGCUAGAAACAGUCUUUAUCUUUUUAGAAGACCAAAAUCAUGUGUAAUUUAUAUUUAAACCAAAAGCAUGCCUAAUCUAUUGGCUCUUGAUUGGUUACUAGCGUUCAAUAUACAUAAUGAUCUGUGUAAUGUAUUUAUAAUGGUUAGUAUAGAUUGUGACUUUGUGCUGCUGGUGCAGAUAACAGAGCAGAGACCAGUGGAAACCAGUCAUUUCUUCAAAAUCAUUUGUUGUAAUCUGUAAUUUGGGCUCUACAGCCAAUUUUGCCAUUUUAAACACAUCUUUAUUAUGGGUGUAUUGUCUAAUUUUUGUUCACUUACAGUUUAUAUAUCUCCAGCAUAAACAUAGUAAUUAAGCAACCCUUAAUGAUGGCAUGAGGGAAUAGCAGUGCUGUCUCAGGUUGAAAUGCAAAUAUUGCUUGUUCUUAUUUCAGUGAGAGGCUUUUAGUUACGAACAUUUAGAUUACAGCUGGUAAAUAACUUACUGACAUGUAUUUUUUUUUUAUAUAACUCAUAUUUUAGAAGUAAAAGGGACACUAUAGUGUCAGGGAUACAAAAACAUGUAUUUGUGACACUACAGUGUUAAAAACACAUUUUAGGUGGCCCAUCUGGCCCGUGUUAAAAAUUGUUUAAAAUGUACCUUUAUUCCAACACUGCCCACGUCCGCAGCAGCUGACUCUGCUUCACUCUGGCUUCUUGGCUGAGAUCAUCUAAAUUGACCAUCUCAGCCAACUCAAUGCUUUCACAGAGGAAAGCAUUGGGAAGCUAUUGCACAUGUCAGGCAAAAUGCCAUGCUGUGCCAAUCAGCAUCUCCUGAUAGAGAUGCAUUGAAUUAAUGCCUCUCUAUGAGGAAUGUUCAACAUGCAGAUUAUGGAGAUGCUGAACAUCCGUGCUGCACAUUGUGCAGCACUGACCCAGGGAGUACCUCAAGUGGCCGUCUGAGUGACAGCCGCUAAAUGUGUUAAUAGGCUGUAAUGUAAACACUGCCCUUUCUAUGAAAAGGCAGUGUUUUCAUUAGAAGCCUGCAGGGACAGACUAUAGACACCAGAACAUUAUGCUGUAGCUUUUCUGGUGACCAUAUGCAAAAGAAACAGUUAAAGAACCGCACACAUGCAAAGCAAAACAAAUCCAGCCUUAAAUCUUACAUGGCUACUUAUUGGUUGGUCCUACAGUAAUUUUAACAGGGAAAAUAAACAUACUGAGAACAAAACAUACUGAGUAAAGCGUUUUCUUAGGUGCCCAAAUUAUGGUUUUACCAUGUCUGAUGGGGUACCUAUGGUGUAGGGGUGCUCAAAACAAGGAAUUUAGUCAUGACUGCAAAUAUACAUAUAAAAAGAUGGCUGAUUAAAUUGAUGGCUGAUUCCUUAAACAAUGGAAUUGUAUGUUGAGGAUGUUAAAUAGCAAUAUCAAACGUUAAACAAAUAGUUUCAUGUGUUUCUUUGGUCUUUACAGCAGCACCUCUAUUAAGUAGAAAAAGGUAGAUUUUGGUAAAGGAAGGGCUUUUGUCUGGGGAGAAACAACCGUAUUGAGCAAUGGAAUCCCAAGAGAUUUAAAAUAGACAUUGCUAGUAAAUCCAACAAACCCUUUGUUCAUCCAAAAUAAUGCACCGGAUGAAAGACCUUGAAACCAUAUACAUUAUCGGAGUAGACUGACAUUUUGUUUGCUAUUUAUAAACAAAGACAAAGCGCAUUACUAUAAAUGUGCCAUUAAUCCAUGCAUUUGAAUAUGUGAUAUUCUUCACUGUAGUUUAACUGCAGAAAUGUGAAAUUCUUUGCCAUACUUACUGUAUAUAAAGCCAUGCUUACUGGUACAAAAAUGUAAGAUAUGUAAGAUAUUGUCCUCUUAAUUGUAGAACUGAAGUGUGACUAUUUCUCUCUGUCUCAUUCAUUUUGAGCAACUUAAAAUAUAUGUGGUUUUCUUACUGUAUCUAUUUUUUUUUCAGAAAUAUAUGAGAAUGAGAAAAAGGUAAAGAAAAAAAUAUAAAGUGUCUACAUAAAGUGUUUUUGCCAGGCCUUCCUCUUGAACUAAAGCCAGGGGAUUUAAAAUAAUCUUUAUAUCAAUAAAUAAGUAACAUACAUCUUUCUGAAUAUGUACAUCCUGAAUUGUUUAAUUAUAUAAAAUAGUUUAAUUCAUAUUUGCAAAUCACUACAAAAAUGUCAAUAAAGAGGCAUGCCAUUAAGGUAACCAGUGGUGAUGCUAGGUGGAAAAAAGACCAGGUGCUUCAGCCCCCAAAAAUAUUUAUAAUAUAAUAUAAAUAUAUAUCCCUCAACUGACUAUUUUAUUAUUCGAGUUACAUUUGUUUAUAAUUGACUUCAUUUUCCUAUUACUGUCUCACAGAUGAGAUUGAGAGAUAGAUCGGUUAUGGUAGAGUGUGAGGUAGGGCAAUGUGUGGAGAUUGUGAGGUCGUAAGGUAAAAUGUAUAUAUAUCCCCUAUCUACAUAUUUCCUUAAGAUCUCACAAUCUCCACACAGUGCCCUACCCCACGCUCUACCAUAACCGAUCUAUCUCUUUCUCUAUCUCUCAAUCUCAUCUGUGAGAGAGUAAUAGGAAAAUUAAGCCGAACAUAAACAAAUGUAACUCUAAUAAUAAGUCGGUUGAGGUGUGCCAAAACUAACGAGUGGUUAGACCUGUAAUAAUGAGGGCCCACCUGUAGAAAUUUAUCAUGGAAAAAGGGUGAGGGGGGGGGGGAAGGAACUUCCAAAAAGCGAUGACUGGUGAGAGGGGGGGUAUCCAGGUAAUAUGUACCAAAUAACCAAUCCCACAAUAUCAGACUCCCACCUUUUAUUUGUGUCUGGGAAAAUUGAGCCAGACAAAAACCCUAAAUAAAUGUAACUGGAAUAAUACAAUAGUUGAUUGAGGUGUGCCAUAAACAACGAGUGGUUAGGCCUGUAGUAAAGCGGGCAGAAAUUAAGGAUACAAAGUUUAUUAAACACUUAAAUGCACAGAUUACAUAGCAAUACUGUUGAAGGCAAGUCUAAUUUCUUUCUCAGUGUUUGAAAUGUAUCUAUUGUAAGCUGGAGAUUUCCAACUUCUGAUAUUUUUUACUGUGUGAGUAAAUAUGUGAAUGCUCUUACAGGCUCACAUAUACACAAAUGAUGUUACACAUACAAAUGCAUUUACACCUAUAAACAGUCAUAUACGCAUGGAUACACACAGUUUUAUAUAUGCACUCAGAUACACACAAAAUAAGCUGUUAACUCUAAACCAUGACCAAGAACUGUUACUAAACCAUUUCUUAUAACAGACCUUACGAAACAUUUUGGAUUUUAUGAACAAGCACAAAAAACCAGUAAUCUCCACUAUCCGCAAUUAAGGUCACUUAAACUUAAUGAAUUCCCAACUCCAGAAAUGUUUGGCUACAUGUCUGAUAGGGCACUGUGAAAUGAUUAUCCACUAUGUCUUUUGUUAGAAUAUCUUUCAGGUCAUAAUUCAGGCACUGGCAAGUUGCUAAGAAUGUCACAAAAAAACUUUACAAAAAUAAAGGAAUAAAAAAAAAAAUCAUAUUUCUUUUGAAGGAAUUAAGUGUAUUCUAAUGUGGGUCCAUAAAUGCUCCAUAAAUAUUUUGUUUUUCAACAAGACUGCAUGAGUUUAAUUAAUCUACCUCAUCAAUUAAUUAGUAUCCAUUCAGGACCUAGCUAAAUGAACAUCGAAGAAAAUACUCUCUAUUUCAUGUUCACAUGUUUUCGGUCGUUAAGUAGAAUUUAAAAUAUUCUUAUCAAAGCCAAUAUACCCAGUGUAGAACUUUAAUAUAGUUAUAGGUUUGUAAACCGCAAAUGUAUUUAUAUGUAAAAUUAUUUUUCUUUUGGUAUAUUUUAUUAUAUUUACAUUUUAUUUAAUUCCGUUUUUUUUUUUUUGCUACAGGCGGAACCAUUAAUCCUUGGAGUUUACAUCUUUGGAAAUCUAGCUUUCCUGAUUGCUCUGCUGGUGGGCAUUGGAGGUUCUUAACAUUUCUCUCUGGAUAUUUAAGACUUUGAAAUGAAUCCUCCCUCAUUAACUGUUGAUACUUGUUUCUUAAAGGAGGAUGAACAUUUGUGAUGUGCCCAGGCACUGAGUAUAUUCACUGACGCAAGUAAAAUGUUUACAAUGAUGGAUUUCUGAGCACCAGUAAUCAGACUUUGAAGUACCUAAAAUUUUCAAUUUGCAUAAGCAAUUUUUAAUCACCUUGUUCUUGUAUUUCAAAAAAGAAAAAUAUUUGUUUAUAUGCUACAAUUAUUCUAAUGUAUUGAUAUUUUUAUGAUUUUAUAAUCCUGAUAUUUUAUAGAAUUUCACUCUUCAUCCAUUUAGACAUGGAUACAUUACUAAAUGUAUUUACACAAACAACAUUGUGUCUUUUUUAUUGGUUACAUUAAGUUGUUGGGGAUUUGUGUGGAAGCAUCAGGAAUUUGAAACUUAUGUAAUAAAAAUAUUCAAAAAA